AUGGAUCUGGAUAACAAGCCCAAGGAUGAAAAGGUUUUUAGACUGACCAGGCUGGACAAGGACUGUGAAACGAAUCUAGCUUGGUAAAUAUCAUCAUCUAAUUGCUCUCAGAACUCCAUACAGAUGUUUAAGGACUGUAUUUUGCAAAUCAUACUUUAACAUAUGCAUGACCGUGCAACAGUUUAUCACAGAUUUGGUCCAUUUUGUUGAUUUUUAUACGCUACAAUACACCUUCAAGUCUCAUAGCUAGACAUUCCUUAAGUUGCAGAGAGUAAAACUUCUUAUAUUGAUGGUAGAUUUUCUAGUUAGCUGUUGACUUUGUCUUCUCAGGAAAUUGUUCUUUGUUGGAGUCUUUCUGUCUUGUGUUGUUCUACUUGGUGGACUCAAUUUUAUUUAAAUCGCUAUGAAGCAUGAUGAACUUCCAGAGUUGUCAGUAUGGUUCUUGGUUUACGUCUGAGAAACGUUUAAGUUACUCAGCACUGCUGUGUGCCACUUGGCUUUGCUUUGAGCAGAUAUAAAAAAGGGUUAAGCUCAGUCUUCUUUCACAUUUCCUGCAGCAAAGACGGUUGUAUAAUUAAGCGGUGAAUCACAGUCACUGGCGGAAGUAAUUAAAUGUAUAAAAAUAAAGCUUUUGAAAACACAUGUGGAGGUGGAUUCAAUCCCUCAAGAGCUUAAGAUAAACUUCCCAUCAGUCCACCAUGCAUCACCAUAAAUGAGUGAGGUCAUGUUCAUCGAUUACCUCCAUGGGGUAUCAAUCAGUAUCAUUGUUGUCCUCAUCUAAAACAACUGGUGUUCUUGUCUUUACAUCACAAUACUGAGAGAUGAUUGGCCAGUUUUGUCUGAACUAUGACAACAAUAACAACUGCAUUGCCAUAACAUUAUAAGAAAUACUUUUUGACAGUGAUGAUGCAUAAAGUGCAAUUUUAAAACUGUUUAUGCAGAGCCAUGGCAACAUAUCAUGGGAGGUAUUUUUAUGUCUUUCACAAGUAAUCAGUGCAUCACAGCCACCUAUAUAAACAAACAUUUAAAAAGAUCGUAGAAUUGAUCUUGUGCCAGUAAAAAAAAAAAAAUCAGGUUAAUCUAAUUCUGGCAUCUUUUCCACUCUAUUAUGGAUUCUUAUCAGUAAAAGGCUCCUGGCACUAAUUAAUCACACACUCAAGAAUCCGGGAAAUAUGUGGCUCUUCCUUCUGAUAGUAAAGAAUCCACAAUGAGGAAAUGAUUUGUGUUUCUGCAAACAUAUUGAGGAUUUUUUUUGCCUCACAGACCCACUUCAACCACUCUGACUCAAGGUUUCCCAGUGAAAUGUGCUAUUUUUGGCAACAGCGCACACAGCUAUCUAGAUAUAGAGGCUUUUAAACUAGCUUAACUAGCUUGUUUAUUAUUUGUUUGACCCGAGUUUGCCCCUCAGACACAUAAAGCCUGCUCUCCCUGAUAUCUGUGAUUCAAUGGGGACCAGUAAACAGGCCUCACAAUAAGGGAGUUAAAUCAUGACCAAACCGAGUCUCAUCCAGUUUCUCCGGGCAUAUUUCCUACUUUUAGUGGAAGUCCCAAUCCUGUGGGGUGUCUUAAUGCUGUUACCACUGUGCUCCUGGUAAUGAAAUCAAGCUGCAAAGGAGGACAUCUAAGGGAAUAAGGACAUGACUAAGGAUAGAGAGUUGCCUUUGCAGAAGUCUUUCACCCAAUAUCAAUCAGGCCCAUCUGUUUUUGACUUAGAGCUGCAGCAAUUUGGUAUGUUAUUUAAAAACAAAUCACUGCAGUUUCAUACCAGAAAGUAGACGGAUAAUGUUUAAGUUUGAAGUUUUUUUAAUUGUUUUUUUGUUUGUUUGUUUGUUUUAGGUAAUAAUCAGUGUUAACUGUCAAUGAGAGGCUCUGACCAUGAUAAUAAUAAGAACUGGCAGUAAAAGGACGAGCGUCGAACUGCAGUGAGGUUUGACACCUGUCAGGUUUAGUUUCUCUGAAAUAUUUAUCCUGUUCAAGAGACACCUUUAUCAUAUUGUGUGUAACUACCUGAUAAUGUCAAGAGAAGAAUAUAAAAUGUUGUUGACAUAAAUAUGGACUGAAAUGAACAAGUCUUUUCUGAAGCAGGUAUCCUAAAUAAAUAAAUAAUCAAAGUAUAGUUUGUAUUUUAAGUGUAGGUGUCAGUUAAAAUGGUAACAUGAGAAAAAAAGACACCCCUGCUCUGCCACUGAUAACUGAGGGUGUUUAUAAGUGGCUCACCAGAACAUUGCACUUCUCUGCAAACACAAACUCCAUCAGCAGCUUUUUUUGACUGAGGUGGCUUAACUGAGGGAUGACACAGAUUAUUCAGGAGUGUCAUUGAAAAUAUACAUCAAAAUAGCAAUUAUUUACUACCUAUGUCUGCACUUAAAAUUACUUAUAUAAGUGUUGAGCUGUACAAUGCUGUUUUACUUGAAGGCUAAUCAAGUAAAACGAAGCAGAUAAACAGUAUAAUUCAAAAAAUUACUCAGUAUCAAGCUGUGCACAUGUUGGAGGAAAAAAAGACAGAUGAAUUCCAGCACUUACGUUUUAUACAAUAUGUUGGCGAUGGUCAAGAACUUAGGUAAUGCUUGUGUUGGCUAGUUACCCAGAAAGAUGGCUACUUGUUGCUAGAUAACAGCAACUGUUGCAGAGUUUUCUCUCAAGAAAUCAAAACAGCAGAAAAGACAGGCGCAGCUGAAAAGUACGGUGAUGUCGAAAUUUAUUUAUAGCCAGCUUCCAAAGGUGCAGUGCAAAAAUAUUUCCAAAAAAAGAGCAAAAAGUGGUCAAAAUACUAUUUACAACAAUGUAAAAGGCAAAAAUAAAAAACAAAAAUAAAUAAAUAAAAACACAAAUAAAAAACUCUUAGGCCACUAAAGAGACCCGCGCCAGUCAAGGAAUGAUGGGGCGUUUGACGGGCUAACGUCACAGCAACCAACAGCGCAUGUCAGAUGUUAUAUAAUUUCACAUACAUACACAUAAGUAAAAAAGUGAAGGGUCACCGCUCAAUCUGGAGAGGAGGUGCAGGAUUAGCAAAAACUUUAAAUUAAAAAGAGAGAAACAAUCCGCACACUUCUGGUCUGUUGCAAAAAGAGCUUUACUGAAGCAAGCUGUCGGUCUGUUAGAUGAUACCUUGAUGAAGGUCUAACAGACCGAAAGCUUGCUUCAGUAAAGCUCUUUUUGCAACAGACCAGAAGUGUGCGGAUUGUUUCUCUCUUUUUACAUAAAUACACAUAAAAUUAAAUAUCCAGAUAUGUUCAAUAUGGAAUAGGCCUAUUGUGGUCUUUAAGUCCAAUUGGUGUUGUACAAAAUCUGAGACAUAUCUCAAACACUGAGCUCAAAUUGGAAAUGAAUUUUGUUUGGCAUUCAAAAUACGGCAUCAGCCAUCCAUACUCUGAUAAUAUAGUUGGUCCAUUUUCAGAGAUGAGACAUGUUCAGAUAUGUCAUCUUAAAAUUCUGUGGUCAGAAGAUAAUCCAGCACAGAUUUCAUUAUGGGUCAAAUAUCUGGAAUGGUCUGAAUUUGACUGGUCUGUAAUCAGAGGAAUUGUACGCUACAUUAAGAAAUAUUAGAGAAGAAAAAGAUUUCAUUUUUCUCAACACUUGUUUGGUUUAUAUAGUUUUCUUUGCAGCCUGGUAGGCAGGAACACAAUACAGCUGAAAUGCUGAGUUGAAGUCAUACAUGUAUGAGCAAACAUGCAGGCCUUCACUCAUUGUGACCUGAAGACUUUGUUUUCGACCUGAUGUUGUUCUGUCCUUAUGGCAUGAUCGACAGGAUUGAUUAAUUUCCCAGAAGUGUGGACUGUGAGAGUGGGUUGCCUGCACAGGUCUGAUAACAAUUGGGACUUUGCUGUUUGCAGUGAGAUCAGCAGCUCAAUGGAUUGGUCAGGUGGAGUAAUAACAGCUGGGCAUUGGUGUGAGUUGGUUUUCUGCCACAUGCAGUGUGUGGAGGUGCUGUUUACUCAUGUCCCAAUGUUAUUUUGAGCAAGCUAUUGCAAUAAACUCCUUCAACCUGCAAGUCACGAAGCUUCAGCCAUUACAGGACAUCUGCAGGUUUGGCAAACUUGGGCACAACCGUAAUUCAGGCAUGUACCUUAUGUGUCUAUCGUUAAAUGCAUGUGUUUGUCUGUUUAUCAUUGCUAAAGCUGAUUUUAACCAAGUACAUGCUCUGUUAUAAAAACAUCUGUUUACGCUGCAUACAAAAGCUUUGUUACCAACUUAAAUUUGCGUGUUGUUUGCAGGUUUUUUUUUUUUUUUUUUUAACAUUUAGUGCAUAAAAGAUGCAAAUCUAAGUCACUGUAAGAUGAGAUGUGUCACUGUGUAAAUCACAGCUACAAAUGCAAAUCCGAAACAGAGAGGAAAAUAAGGAUAGAGUGAUGGUGUUUUUAUGCAGCAUCUCCCACUAAUGUCAUGCACAGACUGCUGUCGGCGGCAGCAGCAGUGAGAUAUUUGUUUGUCUGCAGGAGGAGUGUCUGUUCUUCUGUGUGCUGUGCAACGGAGCUGUUUAAAUGAAUUCUUCGACCUCAGCUCUUGAUCAAACAAAGAAACCUGUUUUCUCUCCUCAUUAUUCUUCUGCUGCUUCCUACAUGCAUUGUCUGCCUGUGUGCUGGGACAAUGAGACAGAGAGGUCACAGUUCCCUGUGGCUUGACACUUCAGUGCAGGUUAGGUUAUAAGCAUCUGCCAGCACACACAACACUGUAGUUUGUGGGUUUUUCAUCCUGUUGGCAGGGAUGUCGUUCCAUGUCAUGAGUUAAGUAAUAUCCAGUGUUUGCAUAAGAAAAGACGCAUGAGCUGCUUGGACUGCAUUCAACCACCACAGGUCAUUCAUGCGAUCCUUGACUGUGAGAGGAGUUUAACCAAAAAGGGCACAUGUGGAGUCAGUGGAUAUAUUACUUCUCAAGCGCUUCUUAAUACUCCCCCUUGGUCUAAUACACAGCAUGUUUCACAGUCACUCUGCCAGCAUAGACUUGGCUGUUGGCCUAUAAAUCAAGAGUUGGGAAUUGGGAAUAAACUCCACUACAGUCUUAGCUUUGAAUUUGUGACACAUUGUGCCAAAAACCUCUCAGCCCAGGGAAAAAAAAAAAAAUCUCUGAAGUGCUCUGAACUCUGUCUCUAAACUCAAAAGCACUUCCUGCAGACCUGAAGUUUUCAUGAUCCAAAUGUGUCCACAGGCCAUUUGUCAGAUAACACCAAGCAGCUGAACAUAGAAAUCACAUUUAACUUUGCAUGGUGCUGGGCUGUGGUACAUGUUAAAGGUUCUAGCACUACCCUUUAUCUUGACAAAGUGGUCCAUCUUCAGGAGGAUCUGCUGCUUUGCAAGCUCAUUAGAUCUCUCCUAUAUCUCUGAAUAUAAAAUAAUAUUAUUUUUAGCUUAUGAUUCAAUCAGUUUGUGACCCAAAUUCCGUAAGUGUUGGGUUGCUUUGUAGAAAUGUUGAUAAAAACAGAUUCUUACUCUAUUAAGCCCUAUAUUUCCGUGAAACAAUGCAAAGAUGUCAUUUGCUGAAAGUAAAAAUAAAUAAAUAAAAAUCAUUCAUUUAAAUCUGAUCCCAGAAACAUGUUUGGGACAAUGUCGGCUCACCUCUUCACUUUACAACACUCUGUAUAGGUUCUGAAACAUUGGAGACAUUCAUGUCUGAUUUAAGAUUGCAGGUUCUGGGUCACUUAUGUUGUAUUUUCUGUGUCAUGAUGCAUCAAAUAUUAUCAAGGGGUAACAAGUGAGGACUACAAUCAGGCAGGUUCAGCUCAGACUCGUCUACUACAAAGCCCUGCUUUUGUAAUAUGUGCAGAAUGUGGUUUAAUAUUUUUUGUUUAAACCCUCCUGAAGGCAGCAUGUUACCCCAAAACCUGGAUAUAUUGAUUAGCUUCCUUUGCAGAUGUGUGAGCUACCUACCCUAUGGUCAACACUGCAUGGAUUAUUGUAUUUGAACUGUACGCUGAUAAGAAGCCAGGUGGUCCCCUUCCACUUUAAGUUAGAGGACACUGACUCACCAUAAUUUCCACAAAGAUCGUCAAAAGGCCCACAGAUGUUCCUCUACAUUUAGCAAUCAAACAUGCUCACAGACUUAGAUUUUUCAGUAUGGAGUCCAUGCGGUGAUUUCCACGACAGAGUCACAUCUGCUUUCAGAGAAGUGCAGCCUGAGGAAGAUCACAGCCAAUUAAAAUUGAGUAUUAGUUUCCUGCCUCGCCCCUUUGUACAUAGAUCUGUCCAGGUUCUCUGAAUCUCUUCUUAAUAGCUGAUAUUAAGAGUUUCAUGUGUUAAGCUAGUUAUAUGCAAGCCAGCCCAGACAUGUUUAAUUUAAGCCUUAAAUCCACAGGAUGCAUGGUGUUCAUGGUUAGUGCAUGUAUACUAAGAACAAAACCUUUAUUUAAGACCUUGUGAAUGUAUAAGGAUGAAAAUGUGUCAGCCAAAAGCCCCCAGAAGGACUAGGCAUCCAUGGACAGCUUUCAAGGUGGAAGAAAUGUUUGAUUCAUGUGGGAAAAUCUGAAGGGCCAGAGGACCUGCUUUCGUGUUUGUAUCUACUCCAUCCUUGAAGUUGGAGCCAAGUUUUUGAGAGGCUGACCCAUUCACAAAUCUUUAAUCUUGUAUCCAGGUUGGCAUGUGUGGGCCAGCGCUCACUGAAGCAGUCAGCUUUACUUCAGCCCAUUCACAGAUAUGUUUUGACAGCACUGAGUGUUUGACGAAAGCAGAGAGUUUGACUGAGAGAAGGUUCUUUACAGCUGAGAGCGUUUGUGUCGGUACAUCACAGUUUCACUCUGGUCUGUUAAGAUUUUGUGGGAUCCUGUUGCUGACUCAUCUAUUGGGAUUGACACAGUAUGACUUAUAAAAAAUAUCUUAAAACACCCCAAUACUACAGAGAGCAAGAAUGUUCGCACUUACUACUUGUUUCUGAAUCUCUAUGUAUGUGACAAAACUUAAAUAAAAUUAUACAUUUUAUAAAUGUGUAAUUUCUAUGGCCCUGUAAUCAAUCCAGAACCUUCUUUUCCACUUUGCUUACACCCUGCACAAUGUCUGUUUUGAUAAUAGGUAGUUACCAUUAAGAAAUUGGAAAUAGGACCUGAAAUUUAAAGUAAGCAUUAUAGUUAAAUUAAGGCUUGACAUUGUAAAAUCUCUAACUCUACCAUGUCAAGAUUGACCUUCAUGAUAUCAAUGUUUUUACAAAUUAGUGACGGGAAUUACGGCUCUUUUUAGUGAGCCAGAUCAUUUGGCCCAGUUCACCUUUAGGGGCAGUUCUUUCAGUUCCCAAACAGCUCUUCAUUUUACCUCUUGUACAUUUUCUGAUUCAGUCAAAUUUAACGUUAUCUGGCCUAUGAUAUGUACGUAUGUGUACACACUGCUUCUUAAAUAAUUCAAUACAUCCUUUGUACUGAAGUAUUCACAAGUCAAAAUGACACUUUCUAAUAUCAGUAAAUUGCUGUAGCCAAUAGUUUUCAUUGCAUUUACAGACUUGCUUGUAGAACAACCUUGUUACAUAAAGCAGCAAGAAAUCCCGUCAUUCUGCCAUGUAGUUUUUUUCUAUGGUCUGUGGGGGGAAAUACAGAGAAAGGGAGAGCUCUUUGAACCGGUUCGUUCACGACCGACAGAUAACUAUUACAAAUGUAUAGAGACUAAACCUCACAGGUCAGCUGAUGUGUUUAUUUCUUAAACAAAUACCACCAUGUGGCCCAUGUGCAGUUAUUUCAGGAGCAGGCGGACCUACUGAUUCAUUAAUUUUGGCUUAGUUUCCUAUAUCAUUGGUUGUGUAUCUAAUAUAUGUAUAUGGACAAAGAGUUAGUCUUGAUAUGAUAGAAAACAGUAGGUUACAAAUGCAACCUUGAUAUCUGUUCUAAUCUCAGUCAAGCAGUGAAGUCAUGCGUAGCCGCACAGGGUUGCACCUGCUAUCUAAAGCCAAAGUGUAGCUGAACAUAAUUUCUAGUUUAAGUUGGAGAUAGUUAUGGUUCACUGGUUGUGGUGGUCAGUGUUACUUGACUGGUGGUGGAGUGAGUUUGUAUAUUUGUGUGGAAGGAUCUUUGCUGCUGUUGACAGAUGAUUGGAGGCUGUGGGCUACCUGUUAUCAUCCACCUCUCAGCGCUGGCAUUCCUACCCCUCUUACUGACCACAUCCACCAAUCAUGAGUUUCCAGAUUUUCCUCAAAAAAUCUACGAGGGACUCCCAAAACUCUCUCAGCUUAGUAAGAGUGUGUCUCUUGCAUUUGUUUGGCUGCAUUGUUUGAGCCCUGGUCUUUUUACCUCUGUAUUUUCAGGUUGAGACACUAGUUAGGGAUAUCGGAGUGUUUAUUUUGGGCAAUGGGCGUUUUUGGCUUUUGUUGCCUGUUGUUAAAUUUCCAGAAGUUAUGAGGGGCCAAAGAUUUCCUUUGACAGGUAAGACCAGAUUAUUUAAGCAGGUUAAUUUCGUUUGUUUUAUUUUAUCUAGACUAGACAAGGUUCCUCCAGAUAGGUAAGGAGUUCUGUUUUGAGCAUUUGUUAAGUUCAGUACCACCUGCCGCUCUCAACCCUUCGUUUUGAAUUUUUUUUGUACUAGCUGCCUCCCGCACUACUCAGUGUUGGGGUUUGUUGCUUAUUCCAGUUGUUUCACUUGUGUAGAUUACAAUAAAUCACUUGCCCUGCCAUUAACACCAUUGGUGCUUUGUGUUGCUUCCCUUUUCCCCUACACUCACUAUGUUGUAACAUUAAUGGGACCUUGCCUGGGAUAAUAUCAAGGCAUUCUUGCUUGACAUCAAAGAAACAAACAGACAGAUAAGUAUUAUUGUUGGUAAGAAAACUGUUGAUUGGUGUUAAUAUGGCCUUGUUUAAUUUGGAUAACCCGCCUAUCACCAGACUGAUGUUUGUAGAAAAGAUGAUCCAAUAAUGAUUGCAGCCCACUUCAUUAUCUCUGUUCCCAAACAGCAAAUCAAAAGAGAGCUUAAGGCUUAAAAAAACUAGUGGAACAGGAGGUGCUUGUUCAAUCAUUGUCUGCAGAGUUAAAGGCUCUUAGGCUGCCAGCACCCUGACUGACAGAAGUCGUGAGGAUGCCCUUGAUGUAGUUUCGAAGCAGCCGGAGACUAAUAUUUCUGCUCCGAGUGCUGCCUUGAAGGUGGCGGGCCAGGUGAAAACCCCAGUUAUUCUGCCUUGGUUUGACCCGUUGUCAACCUCCUUAUCGAGCUCAAGGGAUGCGGAAUGUUUGAAAGUGUGCCUCCACUUGGCAGCACAAGAGAAAGCUCAAGACCCUCAGGCAGAGCUUGAGUACCGCCUCAGAGUAAAAAAGAUGGAGAUAGAAGCUGACAAAGCAGUGAGGCUGCGUCAGUUGGAACUGAACUCACGGAAAGAAGCACGUUUUUCAAAUGAAGUGGAUGUGACUGCAAGUGCUUCUAAUUUUUUUUUGUCACCUCAUAGUAUGUUUGAUAUUAGUAAAUAUACUGGCUUGGUACCAGUUUUCAGGGAAGCUUAGGUGGAUGUGUGCUGUAGCGCACUUGAAUUACUUCCGAAUUACUAGCGAAUUACUUAUCCUAGUUGGUCCUGAAAUGUGUGGUCACUCUUGGCUCAAAAGGUGGUUUUUGGCGCUCUCACUGUGAGGGCUGCGAUUUUGCAUGCAUAUGGUCUGGUCCUCAAAACGUAGGGUGACCAUGCAUCCUCUUUUACCUGGACAUGUCUUCCUUUGGGGGCUCCGUAAUCACAAACAACAUCUUAGUACUACUUAAGUUGUGCACCCCUUAUAAAAAAACACUUGACCUGAACCAAAAACCCUCAAAAUUUUUCACGCACAGGUGCACAACUCUGCCCCACGAAGUUGUGUUCUCUUUUUGGUGAUUCAGAAUAUGGUCAUCCUAUUGAAACAUACAGGCUAAAGUUCCAUACAAAAAGUCCCAGAACCAAACCCACGUUGAGUAUAAUGGGAGAAGGGAAACUUGUCUGAUAAAUGGUCUGUUGACAUUUUAGGGUUUGCACCAAGUGAAAUAGUUUAAGUUCAAGCAUUAGUUUCCACAGGUCUAAAGUCCUGCAUACAGCACCGACUGUUAAAGUGUGUCACUGCCAAAAACAAUAAAAAUUUAAAAAAAAAAAAAAAAAAGUUAAUUUGGAGUUUUUCUGGCUGUUUUGUGUCAACAAAAACAGUAAAAAUUACACCAAUUAAAAUUGUAUAUGAUGCUUUGGAUCUUUUUUUCUCCUAGUGGUGAUAAUUUCACUUUAAACUAAUGUACUAUAUGUUGUAGAUGAUGAUCUUCUAGAUAAUCACCUUAUCACAGUGGUUGAGUAAGGGAGUGGCCAUGCACCCUUGAGACUCUAGUGGCCGCAAAUGAUUAGCUAUUGCCCGUCAAACACAACUCUACUCUGGGUUGUGUGAAUAAAAGCUGAUUGCAGCUUCUUUGCAGCACAGCCUUAGGUUGUUACUGGUCACGUGCCUUCCUUUGGUAUCAUAUUUUACAUGCCUUACACUACUGCUCACAAACUAAAAGGAGUGUUAAUUUACAGCUGUUGGUCUGCUGGAAUAAUUCUGAGGCCUUGACUGCAUGGACUUCCUCUAUUUACAACUGAAGCGUUGCUCUGGAUCAAAAUAGGACAGAGCUGAGGAAAGUUUUCAGCCAAAAGUUUACUGGUGCCUCACAGAAUGAAAAAGGAACCAUUGCUUUGCCUUUGGGAGUCACUCGUAUGUAGCAAGUCCCCUAGAGUUGGUGCAAUCCUGCAGAAUUCUCAGCCAACCAUUGUGCUAAUGGAGUUGCAGAACUAUCUCCUGCAGCGAGGGGAGAGAGGCUCAAAUGAGGCUGGGGAAUGACAGGCAAUAGACUGGAAAAUACGAGGAAGAGAGAGGGGAGAUUGGCUCAAGCUGAUGUGUUUAUUUGCCACUGUGGGUUCCUGGUAGAAAUCUUGGUGGGGAAAUACAUUUUAGGUCCCACAUGUGUAAGAAAAAUGGACAUAGGCUGUCUCCUUCCAUAAGAAUCAAACUGGAUGAUGUGAAUAUUGGUCUUUUUUGGGUUUCAAAAGUUCACCGAGUGCUUAGAGGGAGGUUUGAAAUUGAAAUCCUUCCAUGCAGUAAACCGGUUUUGUGCAUGGAGUACAAAGCUGCAUCAGUCACGUUGGAGCUGGAAUCACUUUUUUGCAGCUAUUGUGACAGAUAGACAACUUUUAUUUAUAAUUGAAUUGUUAUUGUGAAAUGAAUGGACUAGGUUUGACAGGUAGGAUGAUUGUGAAAGUGUUACUGAGGGCAGUAGAUGAAGGUAAUGACAAAAGGCAUGCUGGGAAAAGCACAAAGGUUUUUUCUCUAACAGGUGUCAACACAUAAGCUUUGGAUUGUCAGUUUGAUUUCCAAGAAACCAAAUUUGAGAAAACUUGGCUUUUUCCCAAAGCUGUAAUGAACCAUAAAACUAACCCCUGUUGCCUGUCAUGACAGCUCAGCAUCUGCGUCUUUUGUAUAUCAAAGAACAAAAUGAAGUCUUUAUUAAGCUGUGAAACAAUCGCACAAUGUAAUGUGGUCGCAAAAAAACAGCAUUAUUGUCUCUGCGCUGCAUGUUCGCGGUUCAAAGAAAAGAAGGACGCGUCAUGGUGCUAUUUAACUUGUCAUUCAGAAAAUGAAAAGACACCCUACGCCACAUAUAAAACAGCUAACCUAAUGUAUAGCAUCUUUCAAACCUAACCAACUCUAAGAGCCUGACACACUGAUUCAUUACAUAACAGCUAACUGCUGACUCACAUGCUAUUAAACGAUGAUUCCCUGUUAACCUUUCAUCCUGUGCCAGCAAACAAAGCAGUCGCCUAGAAGACUAAUGACACAUCCAAUAUAGCGGGGUUUUAUUCAAUUAGUCCUGGUGACAUGGAGAUAAGUACACAGGGUUUGGAGGGUUAGAGGCUCAUGCAGAGAGGUGCAGUUACAGAACAAAAAGUUCAGCUUAUCAGAGGAAGUUUAACACCAAAAGACAAAAACAAUGUUAUAUUGAGUUUAAAAAAAGGCAGAUAAAGAACUGCUUUAUUUUAAAGCUCCUCCGCAGGGCUGUUGGCUGCCGUACUCCCUUGCAUUUUUCCAUUAGCAUUUUGAUAAGCUCCCAAAAAAAGCAGCAGCUACUGUCUAAGGUCUUUCAGUCACAAUUUCUCUGUUUUUUUUUUUUUUCUUAGACAACAAGUAUAACUGGUUCCAAAGGUUUUUCUUCUGGUACAGAAAAGCAAUGCCCCAACUGAUGCUUGACAAGUAUUUAUUUUCUCUUUUUACCAGCAAACACUGUGACAAACUAAAUGAAAUACACAAAACAAGAAUUUGCUAAACAUCAAAUAAAUCCAAAAACUUAAAUCAAAUGUCCAUACAAAUAAAAAAUACCAUAAAGUACAGUGUGCUCCUUCUGACCAGAAAUUUAAGAGUCAUUACAGUCUUUUAAUUCCCAUGAAUUGCCAUCUUCACUGUCCUACUUUGCUACUUUCUGACUGCAUAUGCAUAUACCUAAAUUGGUCAUGUGGCUACUGCAUGCUUAGUAUUUAGUGCAAUACUCCAUAUGUUUAGAUUAUGUGUUCAUUGGCCUCCUACAUCGCAGGCUCUGCAAUAUGACUAUCGCGCUCACAUACAUUGUGAUGACAAUGCUCAAAUGACAUAUCGUGCAGUCCAAAUACUUUAUUACCUUUGUCAUAUUUUAUCAUGGUUUUAUCAUUUUAGUCCUAAAUCCAGUGUUUCCUCAUCUGUGGCACGCUGAGUCCUCACUUGAACUUUGGUGUUUGCAUCUGUGUGUGUGAGCGUGUGAAUGCUGUAUGUGUUGAAUAGUGGUUGGGAGGGUAGGUGGGGUUUGGUAUUUGUAUUUUUAUUUUAUUUCAUUGUCUUUUAAUAUUCUGCACAAAUGUUAAGCACUUUGCGCUACAGUCUAUAUAUGAAAAGUGCUUUUAAAAAAAAGUUUGAUUGAUUUGAUUUUGCUGCAACAAGGCGGUGAUGGUGGCGUUGUUGAUGAGCUGGGAGCAGAUGUAGAUGAGGCAGGUGAAUCCGUGUUGCGAGAGCUUUUUUUUUGGCUUCCCCAUGGUGCAGAGUCUGUUGUAGUCAUUGUCAAUGUAGUCCUUAAGAUGAUCCAGGUCUAUAUUGUAAUCUGGUUGAAGUGGUGCACAUGUUAGGCAAAAGGAGGAGAGUUUACAGCAAAAAAAAGUUUUGGGAAUAAAAAGUUUGUUGUGUUAAUCUAGCAACGACUUAAUAAUUAACAUUUAUUAAGAGUAAACUUUUUUGUCACAUUGUCAACAGACAGGUGAAAUCAUAAACUUUUUAAACAUGCCAGAAUGACUUUUGAUGCUAAAAUAAAGUUGUAAUGAAGUUGUUGUGUUUGCUAAUGAAACCAAAGACAUUAAGUUUGUGAAGUUGUUAAUUUAGCCAGCAAUUACCCAAGCAUCCCAUCUUUGAACAGUCUUUCUGGAGUCCUGAGUACUUAAAAUAAUGUUGUACAGAUGUGCCAAAGCAUUAAUUAUUAUUCAAUCAGACACUGCAUAUUCCUUAUUAUGUUACAGGCAGCUGGAUGCUCAUCAUAAACCAACAAUUUAACUUAGUAUAGUUUUAUUUUUAUAUUAUUUGGACUUUACUACGACUUUAUUCUAUUAGCAAUAUGUAUCAAUAUUCUAACCAUUUUUUUACAACUGUAUUCUUAUAUAAAAAAAUUACCACAACUUGAUUCUGAUAAAGUAUUUAUUUAACUGUGACUUUAUUCUUGAUACAGAAUGUGGGCCUUUGACUUUGAUGCUCUGAUGUGUUUUGGAGAUGGAUUAGAUAUCGUGUAUGUGAUCAGGCUGCCCCUUCUGCUGUACAAAGUUAUUUACUGUUGUAAGGGGAGUUUUGACCAAUCAGAAUCAAGCACUAAGUGAUUGGACAUAAAGUUGAGAAACAAGCUUUAAAGCAAGGAUCAACAGUCUUAUCGCUGAAGAGUCAAGAGUAUAUGUAUAGCACUUCAAAAUAAAACGUAUUUUCACUGGCCUUCAUAUGUGACUUAUAUGGUAUGGUCAUGGGCAGCAUUUACCUCUCCUUGUUCAGGAUAUUUGGACGCAGUUUGAAGCACAGAACAGUUUAUUUAUUCUGUAUUUCAGGGGUUGUCCUGCACAACGUGGGAGAUUUAAUAAAAAGGAUGAUGGAGGGACUUGCUUUCAGUCCACAAACAGAUAUACUGCACCGUCUUUUCAAGCAGGAGCACUAACACCUUACAGCAGUUAUUCUCAGCCACAGCUUUACAGCUGCCAUUUUGAGAGAAGGAUAGUUGCUGUUGGUGUGCCUUACUGGAUGUCCGCCCUGCUAGACGAUGAUACAUUAUAGCAACUAUAUGGUGCCACUUGAAGAAAUGACUUCAAAGAAGCGACUGAGAUAGCAGCUGCCCAAUCAGAUCUCACUUUAGCAGGAUAAUAGCAUUCAGCUCCCUAGAGGCAGAAAAGAGGAUGUGUCAUAAAUUAUGAAUUUCCAUGAGAACAGAUAUGGAUGGUGGUGUCAUGCAAUAAUUGGCACAGCACUUAGCUCCAAGUGAAGUCGACUGGUGGCUGAGUGAUGUACGCCUAAGGCACCUACCCUGAAAACACACUCAAGUGAUUCGCAAAGUCAGAGUGGCACAAAGAGGUGCCCCCAAUUACCGUGUUGACCCAGGGCUCGAUGAUGUAGCAACAUCUUUUCAUGACCUUCAGGGCAGCUUGGUGUGGAGCCAUGGUGUGUCAAGGUCAGAGAAACCCCCUGAGAUGAUUGAAGAUGCCCUCGAACACCAUCUAAUGAGUGAAAAAGCUUUUUUCUUUGAAAGUGUUGAUGAAACACUAAAGGCCAGCUACACCACAUGAAUGUAACAUCAAAGAUUGAACCUUUUGGUCAUUCCCAUACAAGAUGAAGUAAAGAAAGAAAAGUGCCUCAGGCAGCCAAUAUGAUGAAAUUCCAGCAAAAGUUUAAUGCAUUUUAUUCUGUUAGGAUAGAGAGUUUCUAGACCAGGAGAACCAAGUACCAGUUUCGAGCUGAAUGAAAACUACCCCAUUAAAACAAUAUCUGCAAAUCACUCAAUCAACUCUGCUUCUAAUGGUUUUGAAGUGAUUGUGAUCAGCCUCAAAGCUCCAACCCCAUCACUUCCUGCAGAUUAAAACUAUGCAGAAUUGGAGAAGCCUGCAGAUGGAUGCUUGAGGAGUGAUAGGAUUUAGAGCAUGCAGGGCAGCAACGGCAAGAGGAAAAACACCUGCAAUUUUGCAGCUUCUUUGAAAACACCAAACUGUGAGGGUUUGUUUUCAGGUGUUUAUAGAUGAUAAUGCUUAAGUCAGUGCACCCCAGAUUGUUUGCAGAUUUGCCUUAGUCACUAUUUUCUUUGGUAGUUUAAUGAUGUUCAUUAUGUCUUCAGUUUCUUAGAAAUAGUUUUCUAUUAGUUUUCUUUUUUUUCUUUAUCUCAGACAUGUAAUCUUUUUCACGUACCUCAACAUGUUCUGGCAGAGACUUCCGUCUCCCUCAGUGGUGACACUUCUGUCACUUGGUGACAGAAUUGUCACUUGGUGACACCCACUUUUUCUAUUUUCUUUUGUAUAUUGAGAUGAUAAUGACUUUUUUGUCUCCCUGACAGUAUUCUUCAAUUGAAAGUGACUUUUUAUUGGUCCACUUACCCAUUCAUUCUUGGAUGCUAAAUUCAGUUUAGUAUAUGAACUAGCUGGUUUCUUACAGCAGACAGUUACAUUCUGUAGUGUUCAUAAGCAUGGCUGUGCUACAACCUUGCAGCAAUGAAUACCAUAAACUUGCUUGUAUUAGAAAGACCCCCUGUGCCCCUCUCUCAAUAUAAAGGACAAACACACGUCUAUGUUGCCUCUUAUUUCUAAGGUUUAGAUAAAUUCCAGUCUUGCAUUCAACAGAAGCAUUCUACAGAAAUUGCUCUACUUAGGGUACUAGAUGAUCUGUUGAUAAAGACAGUGCUAGUUUUACUGGUAUAGGACCAUUUUUCCUAUUUCAGUCGAACAUUUUCAGUCGCUGCUGAUAGAUAUUUUAAGUAGAAAGUAUAACAACCUUUUUAUAAAAUCAAUUUUAUUGGUUCAAAAAUAAAUAGUUUUUUUAACCAUUGAUUCUCAUGAAUCCUUGGUAAGCAAAUAAAGUUUAAUUUCUUAUUAUUAAAAGUUUUUUUUCUUUAAAUUACUAUUUUCAACUAUUCAACACAAGCAAUUAAACUAACAUUAGCAUCCCUCAUCAGUGAAGUGAAGUUUGAGUGACAGAAAACAAGAGUUGGGUCCUCUACAAACAAAAUUAGCCAAAGAAUAGGAGCAGAUCUUUUAUGUAGAUUGGAAAUAAUAAAGGUACUGGAAUAGACCCAUGUGGGACCCCACAAGGUAGUUUGACUCUGUAAGAACUACAUUUUUUACAUAAUAAUUUGAAUAUUGAAUUAAUUAUACCCAUAGACUGUAUAUAGAAUGGACAGAGCCUGCCUCCUUGCUGGGUGAAGCCACUCCGAGAACAGCACCCUCUGUUGAUGGGCUGCAGUAUAGGUCAUAAAUCCUGCCUCAGCCAGCAAAGCGUAUGGGGCUGUGGACAAACUUUAGAAAUUUAUUACACAGAACAUAAAUUUUUCUCCCCCCUGCUUGUGGUGUUGACAUGAAGUUACUGUAAGACUGGUUUGUGCUCAAGUCCUCUUUUUUCUGUGAUGAUCUGUGUUUAAAAGUUAUUAGGGGGUUCAUGUUUUCUAUGAUUGACACCUGAUACAGCCUAUGGGCGUUCAGGGAUUGCAUAGCUCUCACGGAGGAUACGCUGUUUGAGCCGAGCGUCAUCACAGCGACUCUCUGCGACUGCGCGCCUGAAUGUGUGCAUCACUACUGCGCAGCUCUGGUUUCAGGAAAUGAAGAAAAAUCCCGGAAAUACCAAGAGCUUUUUGGCUUCAAAUCUGUAUACAGGUGGUAGGCGGAACCAGGUUGUCCAUAGUAUAUACAGUCUAUGAUUUUACCCUGAAAAACACUCUUUAUUUGAUAAAACCCAGAGCUCUUUUUACUACCUUGAAAGUUAAGUCCUUUCAAAAUUUUGCACUGUGCAUUCAAGUUUUUUAGAUGUAAAAUAACAAACGCUUAGCAUCCAACAUUACUUUUUGUGCCAAUUUUCUUCCCUUUUUUUGUUUCAUCCUUCAAAACAACACUUCCCUAAGAGAAUGAACCUGACUCCAGACCUCUGCUGAGUUCAGGGCCGCCUCAGUGUUCUGUCCUUUCUAAAAUAACAGGAUAGGAUGACACUCAAAUGUCGAAGAUCUGAGCUCAAUCUCAUUCUCUUUGCUCUCUGCCUCUUGUUGUUUUCCUGCAGGUUAAAGAGUGAACACAUGAGCUUGAAGACUUCAUCCUCAGCACACACUGAGACGACACCUCGCACCGCUCAUCCGUGGGAGGAGGGGGAAAGACUUGGGAUUGUUUGUUGCCCGCAGGAGGAAUUCAAGGUCAGUACACGGUGUGCACACAUACUCAGAGAGGCACACACACACAAAAACAAACAGGUUUCAGAGCAAAUAAAUAGAUAGGGCACCUUUUAUUUGUAUGUGUUUGUUUUAAAGAGGAGUCAAGUAAGUUGAUAAGGUUUUAUGCAUGAGCUGCUUCACUGCGAGAAAAUAAUUGGAGAAAAAAUUAACUCAAGUAAAAUAUUUGUUCAAUAUCUUACAGAGAAUAACAGAUUUUUUUUCACCAAAGUGUUGUGCAUUUGAAGGAAAGGAGUUAAUGACAGCUGCCUGCUCUCUCUUCCCCUUUAAUAUGCCUUGUUUUUAUUCUCAUAUUGCCUUAUUAUCCUUCAUUGAGUCCUCUUUUCUUUCCCAAAAUUGUCAUCUAUCUACAGAAAAUCACUACUCCCAAAGAAAUGCAGACUUUCCAAGGUUUUUUUCUCUCUUUUUUUUCCCUGUGAAGUCCACACACUUGGAAGAAUUUGGGUUUUAAUUGCUUCCCCAUAGAUUGCUGCUUCACUGAGAAACUGGGUUAAUUGCAUUAGAGGAAAAAGCCACUCGUGACCUUCAUUGAGCGCUGUAACCACAGCAGUAGGACUGCAGUGUGGGUGCUGCAGUGUUCUGCAUGAAAAAAAGGUGAUGGUCCGUGGAUGUCUGCUUGUUUUAUAUGAAAACCGAUGUCAGUAUAAAAAAGCGUUUCAAGGUGUCAGUCGUGCAAAGCUUCCCUGACAGGAUCAUGUUUACUGUGUAAUUCCUCAGCCUACACGUGUCAGCGUCAGGGCAGCAGCAUAUGGAGCUGCUCUGUGGUGUGAUCGCACUACACAUUGAUUGGUGUCUCCUAAGUUGCUUGGAGGUGGAGAAUAAAUGGAAAGUAGACUCAGAAUGUAUCAGCCCAAAAUCUACAAUAACCUCGCUAACUUCUUGUUCCCGAGUUUUUCAUCUUCCCUUUGUGAUUUAUUUUCAGAGAGUCGAUCAGGCUUCAUUUUUCAUUUAUAUUCAGUCAGCAGAACAGAGGAGGAUUCAGCUCGGACAGCUCUGGCAGGAAUCAAUCAGUCCUGCACCAGCUCAGCCUGUCAGCUCUCUCUCUCUCUCUUCAUCCUCUAACCCCCCCCCCCCCCCCAUCCUUUUUUUCAGUUUUCACUGUCAUUCUCUCACCUCUUUUACUAUAUAUCAUUUAUUUUGUUAUUGCUGCAGUCUCCUCCCCUUCUUCUUUCCUCCAUUCUCCCUGUUCCUAUAUUUUCUUCUUUCCUCCAGUCCCCCUAUUUUCCUUUCUUCACACCUUCCUUCUUUCUACUUCUCUGCAGUCUUUCCUACUUCCUAUCUGCCCUCUUUCCACCUUUCUUUUGAUCUUUCUUUCUUCCUUAAUUUCCUUCUUUCCUUCCUUCCUUCUUACUUUUCUUUCUGCUUUCCUACUGAUCUGUCUUUUUUGCCCUUAUUUUCGUUCCUUCCCACCUUCCUUCAGACUCUCUUGUCUUCCUUUCUUCCUUCUUGUCUGUCUUCAUAACCUUUCUCCCUGCCUCCCUUCCUUUCUACCUUUUAUUGUAUUAUUUCCUUAUUUGCUCUUUAUUUCUUUUAUGCUUCCUCACUUUUAUCCUCCUUUUUCUUUACACUUCUUUUUUGUCUUUCUGUCUUUUCUUACUUUAUUCAUUACUUCCUUACUCCUUAUUUUUUGUUUGUUUUAAUCUGUUUCCAUAUUUCCUUUCCCCCUCUCCUGUUUUUCUUUCUAUCCUGUCUUUCUGUCUUUCGUUUUUUCUAAUCUUGCCUCCUCCUUGUUGCUGCAACCUUUGCUUAUUCUUUCCACACUUCUACUCUAUUAACCUCCUGCCUCUCUGAAGUCUUGUCUUCUUUCUAUCCAUUUAUUCUACCUUUUCUUCUUUUCUAUCCUGUCACCCUUCUUUACCUAUUAUGUCCCUCCUUUUCUACCAUCCUUCUUCUCCUCUCACUUCCAUCCUUUUACUCACUGUUUAAACCUCAUAACUUGCUUCCUCCCUCCUUCCCUGUCCUCUCUCAGUCCCCCACUUUAUUACUACCUCCCUCUUUUGUCCCCCUCUCUGUUCUCUCCCUGACUUUUCUUCAGCUCAGCGUCCCAGUGAUGUGACUGGCUCACACAGAGCCAAUGAUAGCAGGAGAUGAGGUUGGGGCCAUGACAUCCCCCUGAGGACUUGAUGACUGGCACAAAGUCCUUGUAGAAUAUUCUGCCAAGUUUUGUCAGGAGCCAAGGAUAAUAAUACCUGUUUUAUAGGUUGAGAAUCUCAGGGCACUGUGAAGGACGAGCAGGGUCAGCUGAGAACACAGACAGACUGCAAACGCUGUUGGACUACCAGAGAGGUGUUCAUCCAAAUAGAGGGGAAAUUAGGCGACAUCUGACUCCUAAGGGAUGUGAGUGGGUUUUACCAUGCCUCCUUAUCGCUCUCAUUGGUCCAGAACAUUUUAUUUUUCACUCCAUCUAAAGAGUAUUUGCUCUUGAGGGAUAUUGAACAAUAGAAUAUCAGUUAAACUGAAUGAAAAAUUAGGUAAGAUAUGGUCGAUGUGUGUCUGUCAAAUCCCUUCACAAAUAAAUAUUCAAGUGUCCUCUGGUUUGAUGACAGCGGUGUUAAUCAUUAUUGGCAGCUCAGACAGUUGACACUGGGCAGCCAGUGUGGUAAAGCUAAUGAAUGCAAUGAGGCAGGGUCAAUUUCAAGUAAUGAGCUUAAGUGCUUGGCUAUGUGAACUGGUGAACUGAAACUCAGAUGCAUUUCAGCAAAACAUAAGAGUGUUACUAACAUCCAUUUAAGCCUACAGUAUAUAAAUUACAUUUGUAAACUCAAAGGUUCACUGGCAACUGAUCUGAAUCCAAACUUAGUGUAUAAAACAGCAUGGUGCAAGGCUUUAAACAUGCAAGGUACCAUCAGUUUUGUUUUUUUUGUCAUGACCCGGCUCAAAGGCCAUGAAAAAGAUUGCGAGGCGUACGGGUUUAAACUUAAAACGGAAGAUUUAUUAACAACAAAGAUUAAGUAAAUAAUUGAAUACCCAAGAAAAGAACUAAACUAACAAAGCUUCUAAACUAAAACAAAACAUUGUGCCACGAGGAUCACUGCCGUGGUGCGCAGCGGAGGAGGGAGAGAGAGACACUGAUCCUUGAUGAGGGCUUUUAACACCUGGUGGAAUGGCCAGAUCCACGCAGGUGUGGCCAAGCCCACUCACCAACCUGCCAGGGAGAGAGAAAAGACAAAGAACAACAGCAAACCCUGGAGGCCGGAGGCCAUCACAGGCAGGAGGCCGUCACACCCCCCUCCAUAAAAACGGGGCUCCCAUCCCCGGAACCAUAAACAAUCCCUCUGAAAACAAGGUUCACUUGUAACUUACUAGUUGAUUGCAAAACAAGAGAAAAACAUUUAACUUUUUUUUUUUUAAUCAUUAUUAUCAAUACUAUGUACUUAACCAUUACUUUACAAAACUUACCCAGGCUCACAAUAUCAUUUUACUCUCUUCAAGAAAACUUACCCAAUGCUCAUUAUUUAUAUCCCCAUCCUGACCUGCAUGACACCCCUCCCACCUCAGCAACCUGGUACCUAGGAGCAAUUUAAGAGGGGGGAAACGAGGGAAACAAGUUGCAGAAAGAGUACAAAAAAACAAAAAACAUGGGUAACUCACACGGCUACAACACUACACAGGUGCUCUGGACAAGGCGUCUGCCACCACAUUGUCAGAGCCCUUGAUGUGUCUAAUGUCCAGCCAGUGCGACUGGAGAUAAAGUGACCACCGGACUAAUCUUUGAUUUGGACACUGUAACGUAUUUAAAAAAACAAGCGGAUUAUGAUCAGUAUAAACCACGAUAGGCACCAACCCGGACCCCAGAUACACAUCAUAAUGUUUCAGAGCCCACACUAAGGCCAAGGCUUCCUUUUCAAUGGUCGAGUAAUUGAGUUGGUAGGAAUUAAACUUUUUUGAGAAGAAACUCACUGGCUUCUCAAUCCGAAAAUCAUCCUUCUGUAAUAACACCGCCCCCACCCCCACGUGACUCGCGUCAACCUGAAGCGCAAACGGACGGUCAAACCUGGGGGCAGAAAGGAUAGGCGCGUUACACAAUACUGAUUUUGCCCUGUCAAACGCCAGUUGACACACGGGAGACCACACAAAGACCGCGCUUGCCUUUAACAAGUCGGUUAAUGGAGCAACUACCUCCGAGAAGUUUCUGCAGAAACAUCGGUAAUAACCUACAAGACCUAAAAAACGCAUAAGCUCUUUUUUAGUCGAGGGUACCGGAUAACUUGCCACUGCUUUUAUUUUUUCUUCAACAGGACGUACCGUACCCUGCCCCACAACCCUACCAAGAUAAGUCACUGUCGCUUUGGCGAACUCGCAUUUGGCGAGGUUGACGGUGAGACGUGCCUCAGCCAAACGACUAAAUAACUUCUCAAUUCGCUCAACAUGCGAAGACCACGUGUCAGAAACAACCACAACAUCAUCCAGGUAGACUGUGCAGCCCUCCAAAUCUCCUAAGACUCUAAUCAUAAGCCUUUGGAAGGUUGAAGGGGCAUUACGAAGCCCAAAAGGCAUUACCUUAUAUGAAAACAAACCAGUCGGAGUGAUAAAUGCCGAUAACUCACGCGCACGCUUGGACAAAGGGACUUGCCAAUAACCUUUCAAAAGGUCAAACUUGCUCACAUAUUUGGCAUGGCCCACCUGAUCGACACAGUCCUCCAUACGGGGAAGAGGGAAGGAAUCCGGCUUUGUAACAGCGUUUAAUUUUCUAAAAUCAGAACAAAACCUGGGCGUGUUAUCUGAUUUUGGAACCAAAAGGCAAGGCGACGCCCAACUUGAAGAGGAGGGUUCAGCUAUUCCGUUUUCAAUCAUAUAUUUUAUUUCAGCAUCCAUGUAUUUACGUUUUUCGGGGUUCACCCUAUAGAAUCUUUGCCUGAUUGGCUGCGCAUCUCCAACAUCGAUGUCGUGCUCAAUCAAGUGCGUCUGUGUGGGUGUGUCACUGAACAAGCCCGGGAAAGAUUUUAUUACCCGACACAAAUCUGCCUGUUCUGACUCUGCUAAAUGCCCCAAGAGGACGUGUAAAUUCCUCAGGGACUCCGAGUUGUUUAGGCGGCCUUGAAGGACAGCGGUAUCAACACACGGCAAACCAUCCUCCACCUCAGCGGACACCGACUGUGGGGGAUAAACAGUGGACACUCUCCCCACCAAACAAGCGGGAUGUGCACCAGCUGGGACAGGCUCUUGGGAAGCACCUGAAACACGAGCAUAAUAUGGUUUUAACAAAUUCAAAUGGCACAGUUGGACUUUUCGCCUUCGCUCAGGUGUCGAAAUAAGGUAAUUGUUUUCCGAUACUUUUUUCGUCACUUUAUAAGGCCCCGAAUACUUAGCCUGAAGUGGCGAAUUCACCAGCGGCAACAAAGCUAAAACUUGGUCUCCCAUACUAAAAACACGGUGUUCAACACGCCGGUCAUAGAGACUUUUCAUUUUCUCCUGAGCUGCGGUUAAGUUUUCCUUUGCCAAUUCACCAGCAGCAUACAGUCUAUGACGGAACCCAUUUACAUAGUCUAUAAGAUUUUUCGGUGCAUCUGCAACCUUCCACUCAUCGUAAAGAACCUUCAGUGGCCCACGCACAACGUGACCAAACACUAACUCAUUGGGACUGAAACCAGUGCUCUCCUGCGUUACCUCUCUGGCCGCCAGCAUUAACCAUGGUAAUCCUUCCUCCCAAUCUCUAUCAAACUGAACGCAAUAAGAGCGCAGCAAUGAUUUUAAUGAUUGAUGGAAACGCUCCAAAGCUCCCUGACUCUGAGGAUGAUAAGCAGAGGCUUUGUUGUGCUUAAUAUGGAGCUGUUUCAACACUUGAGCAAAGAGAUUGGAGGUAAAAUUUGACCCUUGAUCAGACUGGAUCACUUUUGGAAUGCCGAAAAUGGAAAUGAAUUGUGACAGCGCGCGCACUACUGAACGCGCAGUGAUCGUGCGCAAUGGAUACGCCGCAGGGUAACGGGUGCUUUGGCACAUGACAGUCAACAAAUAUACCGCACCAGAACGAGAGCGAGGGAGUGGCCCGACACAAUCAACGAUGAGGUGAUCAAACGGCUGAUUUACUGCAGGAAUCGGGAGCAGAGGAGCAGGUGUAAUUUUCUGAUUCGGUUUUCCCGUGAGUUGACAGGUGUGACAUGUUUUAAUAUAAGACGCUACAUCUGUCUUAAGUCGCGGCCAAAAGAACUGCCUCAGGACCCGGUCGUAUGUUUUUCGCACUCCCCAGUGUCCCGAUUGGUCAUGAGCAAGUUUUAACACCGACUCCCGGAAUUUAUCAGGCACAACGACUUGAAUAACGGGAUCUCCAACGAAAUCUUUCCCAUGAGGCAUCCAUUUCCGGACCAACAGUUCAUUGUGUAAAAAAUAACCCCAGGAAUUAUUUUCUACCUCGUCUUCAGGCAACACCAUGUCAAACAACCCUUUCAAAGAGGAAUCUGCCCGCUGCUCCAACUUCAACUCCUCCUGCGAAACCGAGAGAGGGACAUCAGACAGAGAAAACGGCACAAACUUGGAUUUCUCACCUCUACUCUUUGCAGCCUCCGAGCUUAACUCGGGAGUGUCACGUGUCAUUGAUCGAGUGACUGCACACGCUGUAAAAACUUCAGGAAGACUGCUCUGAUUCUCAUCUGGUUGUCUUUUCACCAGCGGAACAACAGAUACUACUGGUGGCGGCGGAGCUGGAGCAUCAGCCCAGACACGUCCACCUGCUACACCGUUACCCAAAAUCAGGGUGAUGCCCUCAAUUGGAAGCGCAGGUCGCACACCGACCGUUAUCUGCCCCUGAAAGAGAUCGGAAUAAAGCAACAUCUUGUGCAGUUGAACUUUCAUUACAGUCAUUCCCAUUCCCACCACCGGAAUAAAACUCCCAGUGUGACUUUUUUCAGAGAAUGGCAACACAGAAGCCUGAAUGAACGAAUCAAAGGCAGCUGUAUCACGCAAUAUUUUGACAGGAACUUUUUCAUCACUUCCCACCAAAGAGACAUGACCAUUUGAGACAAAAGGCAAGAAUGAUUCGAGCUCUCCAGGUACAGCUUUACCCUUGUCACAGAUUCCCAACUGCCCCGUAAGUAUUCUUGGCUUCGAGACAGCGAGACAGGCCGCUUUAGGCUGCCCCGCAGCUCCACUCUGUUUGUUUUUAGAUUGUAGUGCAAAACAGUCCACUUUAAAAUGUCCUCUUUUGUGACAGUAGUUACAUAUUUUAUCAGACUUGCUCGCCUCAUGGCCUUUAAAGUCCAACUUCCCUACAGGAAGAUUGUAACUCCCCGCACCGGCAUCCGUGCGCUCACUCAAACUGGACCUGUGAGCGCGCAUCUCUCCAAAAGAGCGUCUGUGCGCUAACACAUACUCAUCAGCGAGCCUAGCGGCUUUAUUUACAUUUUCGACAUCGUGAUCAUUAAUGUGCUGUGCAAUAUUCUCUGGAAGAGAACUUUUAAAUUGCUCCAAAAUUACCAGGUCGCAUAAAUCCUCAAAGCUCUCGAUUUUUAACGCGGAACACCAUCGCGUAAAGUGACAAAUUAAAUCACGAGCAAACUCUAAGUAUGUUUGUUUAUCAUUCUUUUUCCAUGAACGAAAACGUUGGCGAUAGGCUUCAGGGACAAGCUCAUAAACUUUUAAUACAGCAGAUUUUACUAAUUGGUAAUUUUGGCUGUCUGACGCGGACAGGGCUGAAUAGGCUUCUUGUGCUCUGCCGGUCAGCGCGCACUGCAACAUUAACGUAAAAACAGAUUCCGGCCACUUUCUGGACUCGGCAACGCGCUCAAAUAACGAAAAAAAUGUCUCCGGUUCUCUCUCAUUAAAUUUUGGCAACAGUCUCAAAUUUCCCAAAACAUCAAAACCAUCAGGAGAACACGAGGAGGCAUCCAAACCCGCAGAACCAUCUCCGACUAACCUACCGCUUUUAAUUAAAUCCAUCUGAUUCUGCUGUAGUUGGAGUUUUGUCUGCUCAGUUUGAAAUCGCAACCUCUCAAUUGCCAACUGCGUAUCCGUUUCCACUUGUUUUAAUUUAUCACGCUCUAAUUGCAACAUCAUCAUUUCUUUUUGCUGCUCAAAGGUGAAAUUCGUCGCUGCAACAAAUGGAGAAUCAACUGCACCGGGAGGAUCGGUCGCCAUAACACCCAUCUCAUCCAAAUUUGCUUUUAAAAUACUUUUAAUUGUGUCCUUUAACCGCCUGUCGGAUAUUUCGAUUUCAAAAUGAUCUGCAAUCUUAAGCAGCUGUUCCUUGGUGCAUUUAUUUAAUAACUCGCUCGAAGGAGCCGCAACGAAGUCAGAAAUAUCCGACAUUUCAAUCACUCGCGGUUCAAAUCAAAAGAUAGAAAUUUACUUACUCAACUACCUCGCGCACAUCAGGUGUUAUCCAACACCACAGAAAUACCUACCGAGCUGCUUACGAAACAAAAAAGGUUGAGACACCCCGAACCCCUAACUACCUACCCCAUAUCUUACUAGGACCUCAUCCUAGUCUUCGCUGGCGUGCCGAGCUCGAAACGUCACCAGACCCAAAAUAACACCCCCGACCAUGGCACGGUAGAGCGUGAUAUCCCGAGCCUUGCGCGCUCCCUCCUCAGGAUUUGCCAGCAAAAACAACAAACUAAAACAAAAAAGUGACAAGUCCUGCUUGUCCGACGGCUAAACUCAUCAGGGUGCUCAAAACAUACAAACAAAAACAAAACCGACAAAAUACCAACAUAGCAGCUACGGCAAAUAAACAAAAUUAUUAUUAUUAUUUUAAUCGUGAAACAAUUUUUUAAUAACCCCGUAUCACCCCACGUAAAAGUGCCAAACCUGUUUCACAAAGCACAACCUCUGGGUUCCGAAACCUCCGAGUAGUAAGAGCGGUGACGUCACUAAUUCACAACUUACUAAGUUCAUUCACAAAUCGAGUGAAUCAACACCUACCGAGGUGAAAAAACGCAACAAACGGACGAGCCCCCAUUUUGUCAUGACCCGGCUCAAAGGCCAUGAAAAAGAUUGCGAGGCGUACGGGUUUAAACUUAAAACGGAAGAUUUAUUAACAACAAAGAUUAAGUAAAUAAUUGAAUACCCAAGAAAAGAACUAAACUAACAAAGCUUCUAAACUAAAACAAAACAUUGUGCCACGAGGAUCACUGCCGUGGUGCGCAGCGGAGGAGGGAGAGAGAGACACUGAUCCUUGAUGAGGGCUUUUAACACCUGGUGGAAUGGCCAGAUCCACGCAGGUGUGGCCAAGCCCACUCACCAACCUGCCAGGGAGAGAGAAAAGACAAAGAACAACAGCAAACCCUGGAGGCCGGAGGCCAUCACAGGCAGGAGGCCGUCACAGCAGAGGCAAAGUACCAACAAUGAAUGUGCAACAUGCAACUGCUGUGUGUGUGUGUGUGUGUUUGCCAUACAAUUGUAAUAAACUGUAAUAUAUAUUAAUAUAAUAUAAGCAGUAUAAUCUAAUUUUAGAGAUCCUGUGAGGAGAAAUGACCUAUACAGAAUACUGUCGUCAUUGUUUUGUUUGUUUUAACAUUUGAUCAAAUACAAUGAUUUUAUUUUAAAUUUUAUUAGGAAGGAGCAGGAAGUAGACCCUCUGCUUCUUCACUGCAAUAAAACGAGUCAUAUUAGGUGGUCCAGGCAUAUUGUAAGGAUGCCUCCAGGGAAUGGAGCUGUUUUAGAGGGAAGAAGACAUCAAGGUAGGCAUAGAGCUCGCUGGAGGGAUUAUAUAUCCCACAUAAAGAGCUGGAGAGUGUUGCUGGGAAGGGGAGGUCUGAGUGACUCCCUGAGACUGCUGAUCCAACCUCGGAUAAGCAGAAGGGAAUGAAUGGAUGUAUGGAUUAUAUGAUGAUAAUUCUCAUUAUUCCAUACAAUGCCAUGUACACAGUAGCCCUUGUUUGGGAUAAAUUUACAACAAUGCAAAGUAGGGCCAUCCCAUGCUGUAGCUAACACACUGAAACAGCCCUAAGAUAACCAUAGCUCACACUGUUGUUGUGGGCUCUACAUGCUGGACCUGAGUGCUGCUAGAUAGAGGUGCUGGAGCACAGUCUUGAAUGGACUGCUUGUAUCAGAGUGUUGGUAUUGGAGAUUUUAGAUGCAGGCUGAUAGAAUUCUCUAUUUGUUUUUCUUUAGCUGAUAUCAGACGGAUACUGGAUAUAAAGAUCAUAUCAGGACAUUCUUAAAAAAUUACUGCAUGUUGUAUAAAGAAAUAAUCAGGCUGUCUUUGUUGGGGUCAUUAUUCAACAUCAACUCUUUAGAAUGGGAAUGGGAUUAAACAUGACUUGUAUUUGUCUGAGUUAGCUUAUAAAACCAAAGACCUUUCAUCCUGCACUAAAAAAAGAAAGGCAUAUAACUAGCAUUAUUAUGAGGAGGUAAAAUGCUGAAGAAAUAUUCUUUCACUGACCCUCAGUAACCUUUAGACUUGCGAGUUGAAAACCCCUUUUAUGCAUGGCAUCGUUCCAGGAUGUAAAUAAGAUGUUUGCAGAGAUCAGAAAGCAGGGGCUGUGCUCUGUGAAUGUGUUUAAAAGCCUCCUGGGUUCACUGUGUGAAUUGAAAAAGCAUUAUUCAAGUCCACCAGAAGCACUGCAACCUUUAAAGGCUCCAUACUUAGUUUAUAAUCAUAGGCUUUGUUCUGCUUCUGUGAAAGCUAAGGAAGUAUUCAGUUGGUUUUUCUGACUCGAAUGUCAUUCAUCAUGGAGCGUAAGCCCUGUGAUAGCAUUACGUAUUGUGUGUUCUCACAAAGAGGUCACUUGCAUAGUAUUCUAAUCUGACAUGAUGACUGAUGCUUCAAUUUUAAACACUCAAGAUUUAAGGUUUUCAGAGGGGGAAAAAAUUUGAUUGUGGUUAAACCGUUCUGCCUACCUUUGUACACAAAGUUAUGUUUGUUACGUUCACAAAGCCGUUUGUUAUUUCUUCUGUUCAUGUUCCCCAGAGGGUAAAACCAAACAGUUAUGUUUUUGCUUUUCCUCAAGCACCACUGUGAGAUCAUCACUGAGUUACUUUGAGCCUUCUCCAAAGUUAUUGGAUGUACUACUGAGAAAAUGUGUCUGUCCUCUACACGAUGACUUUAAGAAACUUAAGGAUUCUUAAACUUCUACUCCCUCAAAUUGUCUCAUCAGUAAUACUGUAGCUUACCGUCAACUAAAGCUGUAAUACAUGGGUCGUGAGUUAUUGAACAGGAGCACAAACUCAGUGGGCUCUAUUUUCGUUCGCGCCGGUGAGGCGGCGGAGGGCGGCGAGCCCCGCGCAGUUGUAUUUUCGUCUGGCGGAGCCCAGCGUAAGGCCAAUUUGGUAUUUUCGUGGCAUGAGCCGCACGGAGGCGAGCCGAGAUCCGCCAAGCUGGGCGUGGUGGUGUGGCAGGGGGAGGUGUCGACAGAAUCAGCUGGCGCAGUGACAUUUUCGUGCUCGCCAACGGCGUGUAAAGUGCGCUGAAAGCUCGCCGAUUCAAACCUGGUCAGCUUUCAGCGCAAGGCGGAACGCAGCUGGUCUUGUAGUAUUUUGGUAGACCGGCGGCGUAUCAACAUACGUCACUGAUGCCUCACGGGCAGGUUUCCACAGUGUCAGGCACAUUUCAGUGCAAUAAAUAAUCAUCAUCAACUAUUAAUCUGAGUCAGCACAUAUAUUUAGAUCUAUAUCGAUAUAUUCUGAUCUAUAUCUGAUCUGAUGAGCGCGUUUGGCACGUGUUUGGACACACAACCUGACCGAAUCAACACAGCUGAAACCGCAUCAAAUUAAAUUAAAUAUCUAGUAAAUAUACGCACAUGAUGAAGUUAACAAGAUAUGUAAUUCGUCUCCCUCCCUUUCUUUCUUCCUCUUCCUCUUAUUUCUCGCACAGCUCGACCUGGACAUGUCUCCGUGUCCUCUGUCCGUCUUGCUGCUGCUGCAGCUGAACAGAUGAUUUGUUUCAGUGCUCAGAUGCGUUAUCUACUUUAAGCCGACAUACGGAUAUUAUAAUAUUCAGUUUUGUGAGCCAAAUUUAUUUUAUAUGCCAACAUCUAUGAAAGAAAGAGCCAGGCCACGGAGCGCGAUGCGUCAUUUACGCACAGAUGGUUCCGAUUUUAAUGCCUUUUUGGAGUUUAUGCUGUGAUCUGUGCGCUCAACCCACCUUUGUCACGUGAGGUUUGAAUAUGAGCAACUUUAUGUGAGUGUCUUUAUUUGUGGAAAAGGGUGUUUGUCUUACCAGUGGGUCCAACAUUACGCACACCAAAUCCAUCUGUGCUCAGAUGAGAGAGUGUGGAGGACACUUGUUGAGCAGCUGCCCUCUGUCGCCAUCGUGUGGCAUAACUGUCUUCAGACAUCUCUUGAUCUCUUUGACUACUUCAUGAAAAUAGUAAUACGCCUCGCCUGUGGCGGAUUUAAAGGCGAGGAGAGGAGCUAAUGUGAUUGGUGAAAACAGGUCUCGGCUGUGUUAAACCCCUAUACGCCCUCUCGCCUCCCCUUCUAUGAUUUAUGCUGCCGGGAGGAGCUGAGUUAGGGAGGGGGGAUACUUACACCGGGCUGCGCGGCUCACCAAAAUACCAAAAUGUGCUUGGGAACGCCUUGUCAGCGCGGCGGAUCUGAUUGACGCUGCGCUUGCGGCAGAUCUCCGGCGAAGCACCAAAAUAGAGCCCAGUGCCUCAAAACCUCUCAUUAUUUGUAUCAUCAUAUUGAUCUGAACAUAAGAUGGUCAUCUGUUGCUGUGUUUGCAAAAUCAGCUCUAUACAUCGAAUGCUAGGUUAAAACAGCUUACAAUAAAAUCCACUCACAUCGUUAGACUGCUAAAUUUACAGCAUUACACUGUCGAUUCUUAAGUAUUCAAUACACAUUUUUCUUUGUAAAUGGUCAAUGUUUAACAGGCUAGGCGUGCCUGAGUGCACUUACAUAAUACAUGUCACAUUGAUCUAUUCACGCUAAAACCAUAUAGUGAUGGCAGAGGCUGCCAUGUAAAGUGCCCGGCGUGGUUAACUGAUCACAUCCACACACCCCUUGCUUAGCCAGAAGUCUUAAUCAGAAGCACAACAUAUCACAAUGUGGAAUGGGAUACCACCGUAAACUACAAGGUGGAUGUUGUGCAGCAGCUCCAUGUGUUUGAACCAAAAAAGCCUGGUUAGUUGAAGUUAAUUACAGCCUUUUCUUUUCUUGUGGGAAUUGCCACAUCAAAAGCUGACAUCAAGAGGUAAUUCAUGGAUUACCAGAGGACUCCAGGUAACACAGUUUUGCAACAGCUGCUUUAACGCCUGAAGAAGGAGAUGACAAGAGGAGGAGAGAGUACAAAAAGCAGCAAAUGGCCAUUUUGCUUAAAAGGGUAAAGGUUUCAAGGCAACAGUGUGACAUGCAUGUUUAUUUUCUACGCUCAUGUGACACACAGGCUGCAUACAUGCAUGCAUUUUCUGUUUGCAUAUGUAACAGGCUGUAUGACAGUGAUGUCACGAAGACUUUUACUGCAGAUCAGCAUAUGGUGUGUUAGGUCACAUGACUGACAUGCAUGUCUGACAAAGUGACAGCUGGACCUGUUGUCUGGAUUUUAAUAUUUAAACAAGGAUUCAAUCAUCCAUGUGCACAUAUGAGAUGGUCUUGUAAAAACUAACACAUUGAGCUUGACAAGUGUAAAGGAGGUGUAAGUAAUGGCACUUACAGUAGAUACCUUAAAACAGCCUGUAGACAUCCUGCCAAAGCUAUCAACUUGAGAGCUGUUUAAUGUGAUUACAGGUGAUUAUUCUUAAUGAACACUUACACAGCAGUCAAUGUGGAGGUACCAGCGUGUUAAUCACUUUGUCUUUAGGGGCAGAAAAAGUGCUAACUGAAUGCAGCUAAUUUGACAUUUAUCCCUGAAACAUUAGUUUGUCAAUCGGUAAAUAUUAAUGAUGGAAUUUAUCAGAAAAUCUCGUCUGAGAAGAAAUGUCCUGGACUGAGUCUGCUGCUGCUCCUCGUCUAUCUAAAAGCAGGCUCUGUGCCCAGAGGAGGGAUUUAUCGAGUCGCUCACAUCAAAUACAGAGAAAAAUUGAUUUGCAAGCCAGAGAUCUUCCUCUUUAAGACCCCAAACACAUUCACACCCUACUCCAUUUUAGCUUUAUUACUAAAAGCCAAUAAAGUAUUGACGUGAUCUCAAUAUGUCACUCCUUAACCUAUUGAAUAAAUGAAACCUGCCUUGCUACAGAGUGAUUGUGGUGCAGUGUAAUGAGCUGAGGCUAUUUCACUAGGAACUUGUUGGGAGUUUUAACUUCCAUUUUAUAGUUUUAGAAGUCUUUUUCUUUUUUAUAACAGUUUCAUAUUCAUAUCCAGAGAUGUAGCCUUUAAAUAACGGCGGUUUUUAGAAUGCUGUAUUUGCUGAUUCAUGGUGAAAUAUUAUGUACUUACAACUAAGUAUAUUCUUAUACCUUAUUGUGACAGUGAAAGCCAGGAGUAUGAAGUCCAUUGGUUCUACAUAUGGGGAUUCAUUAUCUGGGGAUUGCUGAGGAGAAUUUGUCCAAAAAAAUAUUGUUGUAAUUUAUAAUGUUAACAGGCAAUCAAAUAGCCGAUCAUAUUUGUCAAUAUUAAUAUAAAAAACACAGCACUAACAUUAAGUUGACUUUUUUACAAGUGAUCUAUCUCUGCUUUGGCUCUGUGGUAAAGGCAGGCUAAUUAAGGUCGUAAUCAUUAAAAAUGAAAUAUAGUAAAGCCUUUGCACAGAGGUUGGCUGUUGUGUUGACAUGGAUCAGCCCUCUCACUUCAACUUAUAUCUAACACCCCUUUUCAUUAUGGUUAUGUACUUCAGCAAUCAAGACGCCACUUUUGCUUUUAUAUUUUUGAAGCAUUGUUGUGCUCUUGAAAGAAAUGAUGUUUGAUUGCUGCUGCAGCUGCCAACCCCAACCCCUGUUGUUGAGUAAGUAUUUCGUACACUCUACCUCUGCAUUAAAAAGCCACUUGCAGUCUUUUUUCCAUUUGGAGGGCAUAAUAUUUUCACUCAUUCAGCCCUUUCUUCAGGAAUGUCAAAUGUCUCAAAGCAAAUUUUAAACUAAUUAAUCUUAGAUUUUAUCAGGAACACACACAAAAAAAAACAAACAAACAUUAAAAUAGCAGAUUUUUAAACAAAGCACAAAUGUAAAUAUGCGAAAACCAGAGAAAUCAAAGGGACUCUUGAGUUUGCUAGAAAGUGAAGCAAAGAGUCAGGAUUUUCAUAUCUAGCAGCAGUGUCCCACAAAGAUCAAUCAAUAAAUCAAUAAAGAAUCAAUGAAGAAGGUAAGAAGUGUGUAGAACUUUUGAUUUUCAGCUUAAAAUCUAUGAAACUGAAUUGUAAGAUGGGAUAUUUAACAUUUUCAGUCAAAAUGUUCAUCUGUGUUGAUGAACAUGACACCCCGGCCCUAAGACUGACCCAAACACUAAACAAAUGAAAAAUAUAUAUAAACAUAAAGUUUAAUAUUUGGGUUGGUAAUUUGGUUUGUUGGUUUAUUUUAUUUGGUUGGUCUCUUGUGUCUUAACUAUGUUUGCUGGUAAAUGUGUCACUUGGUUUUUGCCUUCUGGGAUAAUUGGUUAGUUUAGUGCAUGGGUUGGUUUGUUGGUUCUCUAGUUGGCUGACUCGUAGGUUGGUUUCUUGGUUUAUAGAGUAGAUUUAAUAUUCAGUUUGUGUGUUGGUAGGUUGGUUGUGUGUUAGACAGUUUGUGGGCUGAUUCCUGCAGUAAUUAAGUUUGUUUGUUUGUUUAUUGUCUUCCAUCUUGUUGGUUCACUUAAUUCUUGUGCUAAUUUGUUAAAAAUCCUUUUAUUCUCUGGUUCAUUUGUUUGCUGGUUUAUGUUCACCCAGUCAUUUGUUGAUUCAUCUGUUUGUCCGUCUAUUAACCUAUUCAUGACAUGACUUAUUAGAAAGCUGCCUAUAUGAAGUGAUAAAAACAUCCUCCCAGAAUUACAUCCACACUAAUCUCUGCAGAAUUUCUUAGUGUAAGACAUCACAUGAUUCAUUGACUAAAAACAGCGGUCUGUCACUUGUCUCUUUUUAACAACUACCAGCUCUGUCCCAGUGACAUAAAUCAUCUGGAGGGACAAGUAUAUGCUGCAGACCCCUGCCUGGAUGCUCUGUUGAACACUGAAUAGAACUGUAUAUCUCCAUUUAGUCAAGAAGCGACAUGCUCCCUUUCUGUGACGGGGGGGGGGGGGGGAUUAAACUACUGUGCACAUGAUCCACUACAACAAGAGUGAUGCGCCUUCAGUUUUUAAAAUAUUCCACAAAUGCAUUGUGUUGGCUGCAGAAAUCCUUUUAGAGUGGGUGUGCUUGGAAACCUUCUCCCUGAGAUCAGCGCGGAGAAAAUAGAAAAAAAUAUAUAUAUGGUAUCCUUUUAACAUCACCCAAACAAAUUGGGUUCAAAGGACUAAAUCAAAGUUGACAGUAAAACAAAAUGUUCUGCAUCCCACAGUGGUGGAGAUUAUAUAAAAGCAGCUGAUGAAACAGUAAGAGAGAAUCUUCUGUGCCGUAAAAUGUGUUUUUACCUCUUUUCACUGGGCUUUGAUCAGAAAAUGUCUGGAUGGUGAGAUCCCUGAAUAGCUCAGCCUCCUACAGCAGCUGUUUAUGGACUUGUCCCAAAACUGUCACUGUGGGUGAUGAACAGUAGCACAAGCUCUUGGGGAUGGAGUUUGAGUGCAAAAUCGAGACAUCCUCUGCCCCAAAAUUCUUUCAAUGGCCCAAAUACUCAUGUGAAUUCACUCCUCCGCACCUUGGAUUAGCCUGAUGUGAGUUUCAUUCACCUGCCUCACAUAUGUGGAUCACAGUUCUUUGUAAUGUUUGCAUCAUGCAGUGGAGACAAUGGUGAUUCAGACGCCUGGGGCUUUAACAUGUGCUGCUUUACCUGGAAAUAUUUCAACCUGUGACAUCACACUGUCAUUUUAUUAGGCUUUAUGCAAGCCGUUCACCCUUUUGAUAAUAAAGAUGGGGGGACAAAACAUAUUAGAGUAAAGUUAAGCCACCUGACAAGUUCAGACAAAUGUCUUAUGUCAAGAUAUUACAAGCCAAUAUUCAUUGCUGGGAAUUGGCUGAAAAUCAGUUGUAGUUAAGUUAAGUUAAACUUUGAUAUUAAAGGAACUCCUGAAAUACCCAAUGUGUAACUGGUGUUGGUUUUAAUGCUAUGCUGAUGCAUGCUUUUAAAGUUGCACUUCUAAGUAUUUAGUGGCUUUGGUAGAAAUAGAAUAUAAUACUCAUGCAUAUGUUAAAAAUAGUGAAAAAUGUCACAUGAUUAUAAAACUCACUUUCAUCUGGUUAACUUUGAAUUACUUUUUUGUAUUUGCUAACUCUCCCUUUCUUUCAAAGUAGCUGCCAUCCAGCGCUGCCAUGUUUCUACAACAGUACAGAAUGGACAAAAAAAAUGACGAACACAUUUGCACACAAAGAAAUGAAAAUGCAAACUAAGGACACAGAUUUAUCAAAUUGAUUCAUUAGGCUGUUUUAUUUUGAAAAUUUCAGACCGAAGAAAGCUUGAAGGUUUCAGAAUUUUGAGUGGACUUUCAAACCUUGACACAAAAUCAGAGGGUUGGUUCAACCAUACUGAAGUACAAAUAGAAGAGUGGGAUGUAAGGUGUGUGAAGGACAUCCAGGCAAAACUUUUUAUGUUCAUUUCUUACGGGAAAAGUUACUAAAGUGAGAAAGAAAGCACUACCAUGGAGUUUUCUCAGACAUGAGGUCACAAAGAGCAUAUUUUUUUUCAUUGCUGUACAUAUGUUUACAUGUUAACUCUGCCAAACAAUCUCAAUGAGUAAACGACACUGAAUCACUUUCAUUAAUUAUUACACCUGUUUUCAGGGGUGUAAAAAAAAUCCUCUAAUAUCCUAGUUAAGCUGAAAUAUUGCUGAACCUCCUUUUGUUUUCAUGAAAACAAGAUGCAAAAAUUUAACACACAAGGCUUCUUUGGCAGUCGUUGAUAAUUGAAACAGCCAACAUCCGUAUAAGUCCAUUUAAACUGAUCAAAUUCAAGUUUCCUAAUUUUCUUACUCGUCACAAUAACAAUUAAAAAACCCAGAGAAUAUCGCUAAUGGUUGUGAUGCAUUCAAGGAAACAAAGUCAGGGGCGGAGGAGAGCAUCAGAGCGAAUAGAUGAAGAAGAGUAAUCCAAACAAUUACACGGCCAUGAUUACACACCAAACUUAUGAACAACAAUUAUCAUCAAACAUUCAUUUGUCAUCUCAUCAACCUUUGCCAGACGACGCUGCUGCCUGCCAAACUGUUUGGUACUGAUGGAUUUCAGACUUCAGAGAACAGCCAAGUCUCUGUACAGUGAUGGACUGAAAACAUCCUGCAGGCUCCAGGAUUCCAGGAGACUCUGGGUUCACAGUUAAUACUCUCAUAGAAAAGCUUGAGACUCUGUGUUGUCAUGAAGAAAAUGAAUUUAAUUCAUCCUUUUUAUUCAUUUUAUUUUAAAAUUACCUCUGUGUUAGCAGGUUUAGUUUGUAGUCUUAAAAGUCUCAACAAAGCCACCAGGGAGAACAUCUGUAAUGAAAAAAUAAUCUGUUUAUAGUAACUGAAAUACAGAACAUGUAAUAGAGUUUUUUGUAAAGUGAAGCUCUUUAGCAGUCAUCCUAUCAAAGACUCUCACAGAAUGCUGAAUUUGAGCUCUUAUUUCUGCAUUAACCAUCAUCCAGAAAUGUCAAACAGAUAAGAAAAGUUUCUCAUGAUUCAGUUGAGAUUGGAAAGACAACAGCUAGCCCCAAACUGCUCUUCCUAGUUUAAAAAUAUUGACUGUGAAUAGAGAAACGCCGGCUUGAAUCCAUCAGAGAAAGUAUAAAAAAUCAUUGUGUUCCAGUAACUAACAUUUCUACGGUUUAUUGCCUUACACUUUACCAGCUAUUGAAAUCCCAAGGCCUUGUGUGUGUGUGUGUUUCUGUUUUUUUCCACUCUCAUUUCGCACAAGCUACACUACAUAGCAUGUGUAAUCACUGAAGUGAAGACGGGUGCACACAAUAGCAGUAGAUACAGACACUACGCUGUGCAGCCCACACACUCCUGAGAUGAGUGUUAAAUAACAGUUACUGUAUAUGGAGUCAACUGUGUUGGUUGAAUUGUUUUUUGGUCUCUCAGAGCCAUGACUCAGGGCUUCUUAUCUAAAAUUUUGAAACUUGCAUUGAAAGUGUCUCGAAAGCAAAGUGGAGUUUCUCUCAAAAAAGCAAAAUAUCAACACACAAAACCAAAAACCAUCUACCGUUACCUCUAUGAUGCUCUGUCUGUGUCUGUGUCUGAGAGCUUGAUUUUCCUGCUUUUUUUUUUGGCUGACAACACUUCACUUUUUUCUCUUCCCAUGUGGCUACCAAUAUAAUAUAUGGUGUGACAAUGAGAUAUGAUACUAUAGGAAUCAAUCUAUAAUAAUAAUAUGAUAUGAUAUGUUACACUAUAAUACAGUACAAUAUGAUACAAUACAAUAUGAUCUGAUACAGAACAAAAUAAUAUGACAAGAUACAAAUGAUAUGAAACAAUACAGUAAAAUAAAUUUGGAUACUAUAGAAUAAAAUAACUACUAAUAAUUUGACACAAGACCAUGCACUACAAUACAAUAUGACACAAUACGAUACGAUGCAAAAUGAUACAAUAUGAUCAGAUAUUGUAUAUCUGGUCAUACCCGAGAGAGGCCAACUUAACAUUCUAACAUGAUAUUACAAAAUAAGAUAGGAUACUAUACAAUACAAUCAAAUUUAAUGUAAUAUGAUAUGAUAUGAUAUAAAAUGACAUGAUUUGACAUGAUAUCACCAAGGUACAAGAGAAUAUAUAUCCAGGAAGGGGCCAACUUCAAGCAGUCCGGUAAGAUGUGCCUCUUUAAAUAAAUGCAAAAGAAAACAUACAUACUGACCUGACAUGCACUUUGUAAUUGCUGUAAAAAUGUGAACAAAAUAUGGUUUUGGUAAAACCUUCCGGUGGACAUUACCUGUUAUUUUUAUUAUCAAAAAUCGUAAAACGUACAUGUUGCAAACUAUUAUGUAGUAUAUGGCUGAAGCAACCUAGCUAGCAAACUCACAAACACAACCUCUGCCCUUCAGUAUGAGAGUUAGCAUUGCUGCAUCCACACCCUGCACCCUUCAGCACCUCUCUUUAAGUGCACUACAACUCCUACAUUACUAAAACAUGAUGAGUACAUCCUUCAGGAGGUGAUUUUGACAUUCACGACCAUCUUAGCAUGACUUGUUUACAAGAAAUCUCCAUGGAGCAUAUUUAAAUGUGGAUGUUAAUAAUUCAGUACGGAGAUGUUGAACAUCUGCAGGGAAAAAAAAAAAAAAGUUCAGAUGUUGAACUUUUUUAAAAACACAAGGAAACAUUUGUUUGCCUCUCUUUUAUUUAAGUCUUCAGCUCUGCGUCUGUUUAAAAUGUUUAAGUCGUUGGGCUCUAUUUUCGUGCGCGCCGGUGAGGUGGCGGAGGGCGGCGAGCCCCGCGCAGUUGUAUUUUCGUCUGGCGGAGCCCAGCGUAAGGCCAAUUUGGUAUUUUCGUGGCAUGAGCCGCACGGAGGCGAGCCGAGAUCCGCCAAGCUGGGCGUGGUGGUGUGGCAGGGGGAGGUGUCGACAGAAUCAGCAGGCGCAGUGACAUUUUCGUGCUCGCCAACGGCGUGUAAAGUGCGCUGAAAGCUCGCCGAUUCAAACCUGGUCAGCUUUCAGCGCAAGGCGGAACGCAGCUGGUCUGGUAGUAUUUUGGUAGACCGGCGGCGUAUCGACAUACGUCACUGAUGCCUCACCGGCAGGUUUCCACAGUGUCAGGCACAUUUCAGUGCAAUAAAUAAUCAUCAUCAACUAUUAAUCUGAGUCAGCACAUAUAUUUAGAUCUAUAUCGAUAUAUUCUGAUCUAUAUCUGAUCUGAUGAGCGCGUUUGGCACGCGUUUGGACACACAACCUGACCGAAUCAACACAGCUGAAACCGCAUCAAAUUAAAUUAAAUAUCUAGUAAAUAAACACACAUGAUGAAGUUAACAAGAUAUGUAAUUCGUCUCCCUCCUUUUCUUUCUUCCUCUUCCUCUUAUUUCUCGCACAGCUCGACCUGGACACGUCUCCGUGUCCUCUGUCCGUCUUGCUGCUGCUGCGGCUGAACAGAUGAUUUGUUUCAGUGCUCAGAUGCGUUAUCUACUUUAAGCCGACAUACGGAUAUUAUAAUAUUCAGUUUUGUGGGCCAAAUUUAUUUUAUAUGCCAACAUCUAUGAAAGAAAGAGCCAGGCCACGGAGCGCGAUGCGUCAUUUACGCACAGAUGGUUCCGAUUUUAAUGCCAUUUUUGGAGUUUAUGUUGUGAUCUGUGCGUUCAACCCACCUUUGUCACGUGAGGUUUGAAUAUGAGCAACUUUAUGUGAGUGUCUUUAUUUGUGGAAAAGGGCGUUUGUCUUACCAGUGGGUCCAACAUUACGCACACUAAAUCCAUCUGUGCUCAUAUGAGAGAGUGUGGAGGACACUUGUUGAGGAGCUGCCCUCUGUCGCCAUCUUGUGGCAUUACUGUCUUAAGACAUCUCUUGAUCUCUUUGACUACUUCAUGAAAAUAGUAAUACGCCUCGCCGGUGGUGGAUUUAAAGGCAAGGAGAGGAGCCUAUGUGAUUGGUGAAAACAGGUCUCGGCUGUGUUAAACCCACUAUACGGCCUUUCUCCUCCCAGUCUACGACUUAUGGUGCUGGGAGGAGCUGAGUUAGGGAGGGGGGAUACUUACACCGGGCUGCGCGGCUCACCAAAAUACCAAAAUGUGCUUGGGAACGCCUUGUCAGCGCGGCGGAUCUGACUGACGCUGCGCUUGCGGCACGUCUCCGGCGAGGCACCAAAAUAGAGCCCGUUAUCUUAAAGCGUUUUGCAGAUGUUGCACAGAAAAGCCAAUCAAUCUUAAGUGUGGGUGCUCACUGACACGGCUUGCUGUCUGGGGGAAAUUUUAGCAAAACAUCUUCAUGGGAGUUUGUAUUAUGCUAACAACCGUAAUUAGAAUAAGACGUUGAAUUUCAUUGUGCCUUGAUUUCCCUCCCAGUUGGGUUAAUUGCUCUCCAUGUAAAGAUUGUGUUACCGUCAAAUGGAUUACAGCCUGAAACACUUUAUUGGAAGUUUCAAUUUAAUGAUGUGCAGUAGCUCUCAUCAGAAAAAAAAAUAAGUGGAUAAAUACUUCUAAACCAGCAGGUAAACAUUCAGAUGAAAGGUUUCUGAUCACAUUAAAAAACAGUGGAAUAGACAGAAGAGAUGAUUGUGAAAUAUGAGACAAAGAUUUACACAAUCUGUUUAAGAGUGCGAGGUGUACAUUACUAUGCAUGAAACAUCAGACAGCAUUUAAAACACUGAUGCUCCCACAUUGUAUUUGAUUUGUUGUAAAUAAAAUAGAAUACCUGCAGUAGAUUAAACCACGUUUGAAAAGCCACGGCAUUUAAAAUUAUCUGUCUAAUGAAGUCAGUGGCAUUGAAAACAGAGCAAACCUAAUUAAAAGUAAUGGAGAUAUGUGUAGAAUUACUGAAUUUCUAAAUGCAGAGAGAAAUCAAGUGGAAAUAUAUCCCUUCAGCUCUACAAAUCAAACAAAGUGAGAAGGACAAAAAAACACACUGGUCUUUUUUUGGAACCAGCCUGAGCGACUGCUGACAAACUGUUUAAUGUUUUAUUGAUCAAAAGGAACUAUUGAUAGAUCACUGUGCUGUUCCCCCUCCCCCCUUCCAUCUCAUUAACUGAUGGCAUACAUUGUUCUGCCAGACAACAAUAGGCUCAUAUCAUGCAAAUGUGGAGCAGCUCUUCAUUUGCCACAUCAGAGGAUCGAGCAUCGUAUAGAAACACGCCCUGCUCCUUCAUUCACGUCUCUCUUGGGUGUUUCUGGUGUUUUUGUGCUUCUCCGUCUCGCUGUUGCGAGCAGCAGCUGGUUUGCAGCGGUCUGUGAACAGAAUGCCGAAUGUUAUCAACAAACAUGAGUGUUUCAUCAAGAGAGUGAGAGCAGUUCAAUCAUAUUUCACUGACAGAGAGUGGUAUGAAAUUUUAAUUGAAUAUUUUAUGUGCUUUCCAGACAUCAGUCUUAUGUGACACACGCAGAGCAGCACCUCAGCAUGUCCUUUUCUGGUACACUAUAGACACAGCUAAUUUAAUUAUAACUAAUUUACAAUUAAGAUCAUGGAGAACUGUUGUAGAAAGGUUGUACUCCAUGACGUCUGGCUCGACAUUUAGCCUUGACCAUUGGCUGCGUGUCUCCCCAUACUCUGUCCGAAAAGCCUCUGUGUCUAGAUACAGGAUUCAGAAAAUACAGGAGACAUUUACAUUUUUCUCAUCUGUAAAUUUUUAGCAAUAUCCACAUACACCCAUGCCUGAUAAUAAAGGUGCAGGAGAAAUGCAUUCAUGCACACUAACUUGAACAGUGAUGCCGCAACAGCAAAAAAUGGAGGGUAUGACAUCCAAAACCAGCAAAAUACACAACAAAUUUGAUCUAUUUUUUAGAUGUUGAUCUCCACUGGAAAAUUGACGGAUAUGUUUAAAUGUUAGGUUUAGUGUAAUUUCAUGAUUGCAUAAGGUGUGUGUCCACUACAGGCAUUUCUUAGAUGGUGCUCACAACUUAGAUUCAAGAGCCUCUUGCUGGCAUUCACUGUUGCUAAGGUACAAAAGCUGUUCUCUUUCAUUCCCAUUUUCCCAAGUGGACCAUGUAGCAUCAGCAGCUGAUUUUUAUCUGAAAAUAGUACCUUUGAAAUUACACAUGUGGUAAGCUCUUCCAGCAUGUUGACCUCCACUGUUGUUCUUGAUAGCCAGAAGAAACGUGGUACUUAUAUAAGAAAGAUGAGUGCUCAUUGAAAAAAAUUAUCCUAUUAUUGCUUUUUUAAAUAAGUUUUAAGGCCUACCACAGAUGGCUCCCCCCUGUCUGCACCAUGUAUAUGGUAUAGAGUUGGAAACUCUAGCCCCCCCCAGUCUUGUAACUGCUGUACUUUGUACAGUCUGUUUGGCUCAGGAGUCUGGAAAUGGGUUUCACUGUGGAGAGAAAAGUGCACAUACACUCAUGAAAAAAGACACACAAACAAAAAAAAAUACUUGUUGUAUUUCUUAUUUCCCAAAUCCUUGUCUCAAAUAUUAAGAAUCUGCCAUUAAAACGAUUAAAAACACACACACGUAUUGAACAGUGUUGCCAACCUGGCAACUUUGUCGUUAGAUUUAGCAUUUUUUCAGACCCCACUAGUGAGUUAUUUUCAAAAAAUUGCCGAGUGACAACUUUAGCAACUUUUUUCUGGAGUUUAGAGACUCUGACAUGAAAGUAGGUGUCCAUGUUACUCUUCUCAAUGGGUAGCCGGUGUGCAUCAAAAGCAUAGACACCCCAGGGAAGUCUCCCCUUCCUCCUCCCGGGGGUCGGUUGUGGCGGGUUUGACAGAAAAAUGAUGCAAAUAAGGUGAUGACGUCAUCUAGCAACUUCUACUAUGACAGCUACUAGCAACCCUCCUUACUGAGGAGUUGGCAACACUGGUAUUGAACUCAUGCAGUGGUGCAGUGGUUCUCCAAGUGUGUGCCUGGUGGGGCAGGAGUUUGGAAAAAAAUAGGCUAUUAUGUUUCUGCUUUUGCUGUUGAAUCACAUGGAUGUAUUUAGUCUGUGUGUAUAAUGGAUACUCUUCUGAGUUUUGCAUUUUCUGGGGUUACCAUAGACAGAGAGUUAUGUUUUUCUGCAUUGAAAAUAAGAAUAAUGUUGGUCUCAGUCUAGAGUUUUUGGCCCAUGUGGAUCUGAGUUGAAGUAGACAUGUCCUCGUCCUAAAAUCAGUCCCAAGUCCCUUUACUUGCAUCUCCAUGGCCUCAGUCCAGAUAAAAACUCUGAUUGCCACCUUACUUCCUUAAUAGUGCACCCUUAAAGUAUCAGAGAGGUACCAGACCCAUGAAUCUAGACUGAUAACCAGGUUUUUUGGAAGCCUAAAGCAAAGACUUCCCAAAAAUAGCAAUGCAUCAUAUUUUCAUCUUCCACAGCUUAUUUGAAGACAACAUAGGAGCAAGUCUCUUCACUAUCUGCACAAUGAUGGGUGCUUGGCAUGAAGAUAAAGUCAUGACAUUUUGCACUGGGUGUUUGAUCGGAUAUAUAUUGUUGGUACUGCAACACGAUGACAUCUUUGACACCAAGAAAAACAACCCAGGAAAGAUAGAAAGGUUAAAAUCUGGAUUUUUUCCCCUCUAUAACAGUUUUGUUAUGUGCAGAGGCACCUUCAGAAAUUUCACAAGUCAGCAUCAAAAACUGACAACUUCCCUCAUCAUCUGUGAUCAAAUCUGACAGGAAGCAGAGUCUAGUGGCUUCCUGUCAUACUGAGGCACUUUGUCACUUAGAUGAGUCCACAGGCGUUGGCAGUUUUACUUACAAGUUAGCACCAAGUCACUGUGCAUCCAUCCACCGACACUGAAUUCAUAAAUGUGACAGGACAUAACUGUAAUUACACCCUGUUUUUUUUAACAAUGGAGAAUAAAUGACCUUUGAGUUAAUAAGCUUUAGAUGUUAAUAAAAAUGUCUUGACGUUAAUUAAAAAUCUGUCUUGAUGACAAAUGAUUGGCUUCCUUUGUGUGAGGACCACUGCAUAAAGUCCUGAAUACACCUCAUUGUUAUUGCCAGGUGACGCAUUUAAGUUCAUUUCAUCAGACACUUUUUUCUUAACAUGAAGAAACUCCUGCAAGCUCCUUAAAGCAGGCAACUCGAGCUGAUUUCACACUUGACAUGUGCCACUCUCAGAAUCACAUCCCAAAGUCCCAUCUUCUGCCUCGACUCUUCUCAAACUAGCAGAGUAGUUAGGCUAAAACUAGUUUACAACCAGAAGGUAACUUAAAACGUUAUCUAAGUAGUUUCUGCACAUAAAAAUCAACUGCAAAGAGGGACAGGGUCAGCGCCUGGCUGCCAAACAUAAUCAAUGGUCUGCCAAACAUUUCAGACAGCAUAACUGUGAGUUGCCUGACUGAAUUAUCUCCUAAUUACUUAAAUGUGUUUUCCAAAUUUGUUCUUGAAAUAAGUUAUGGAGUUGUUGUGUGGCUGUCUAUGAACUUGUAUUGAAAACUUUGAUUUGUUAAAGAGAACAGCUGUAAGAAAGACUGUGGGCUCUCCUUACACUAGUAAUAUUAAUGUAAUAACCAUUGAAGGAGAAGGGGUGAAGUGAAAUGGGCACUAUCAGGGCACUAAUGUUGGUGCAAGUUCAGUCACUGUCACACAUCCUUAAGCAGGUCGAAGUGCACUAAGUGGAAAAUGAGAAAAACCCUUGCACUACAUGCCUCAAAUGCUUUCUGGUGUUAAAGGGCUUUGAGUGUCAUAAAUUAGGUUGCAAGAAGGAGGGGUUACCAAGUAUUCAAACGUGUCCACGCUGACUUUCUUAAAAGCAAUCCUCUGAAGCCAAGCACUGACCCUCUGCCACAGGAGAGCAGCAUCACCGGGACACCAUCUCCGUCCUGUGGUGCACGUGUUAUUGAAGUUUAUGAACUAGAAAGAGUCAGAAAUGUUUCACAAAUUCAAGCCGAGCGAGGAGAAAUGGUGUGAAACUAAUCCACCGCCGGUUGAUAUUCUGCAUGCGAAUGGUUAUCGCUUUGUGUCAACAGGGGAGAUAAUGCACAGCAGCUUUGCAUGGCUGUGUGAUAAGAGAUAAAAUGAUGUCAUAUUAAGCUUGUUUUCAAACUCUGCUCUGGAUGUAAUCCAGCUAGCUUACCAUUUCCAUCCUGCAUGCAUAAGUGAGUACAUUACAACCUGACAGGAGACAAACACGAGCUUCAGGGCUGAGGCUCUUUAUGUAAGCCUCGUCCAGAUAUUCUCCCAAAACACAUUUUACAACAACAAAGAGUGUUGGAAUUUAAAAUGUGUUAUUACCCUUGCAUACAUAAUCCAACCUCCCCUUGUGCAUUUGUCAUGUGUUAAAGAAUUCUAUCUUAUGCACAGUACUGGAGGGCUCGACUCACACAGUCAAUUACAGUAUGCAGCUUCAUCAUAUAUCUUGCCUGCAAAUGAGACUAUAAAUACACCGACUCACGUCUCUAAUGCAUCCCCUUGUCAGAGAGUUAAAUAGAGUGCUGUGAAACACUAUGGGCCUUUCACAGUCUUACAGCUCCAUGCAUUGUUUCAAGCUCAUACUGUGUAAUGUGCAAACUCAGUUUCCUGUCAUGCAAUUUCACAAACUCUGCCCUCACAAAGGUUAAAAGUAUGAAAGAAGUGGAGCUUAGAACAAACUGACAAAUGGUUUUCAUGCUGAUUAACUUAUUGUAACAUAUGUGAAAUACUGUACCUUCUGGGCCUCUGCCUCUGAGUGUUGACUCAAAGAAACCAUCAUUCGCAGAAGGGCAUAAUAUGCUGAGACUGCGGCAUAGUGAAUGGGUAGGUAUGCAAAUCAAAACAAGACCAGCUCUCCUCCUUUUGCAGCUGAAACAUCCUUUAACAUUAACGGGGCUAAUGUCACAUCUGUAAGCAUCACUGUUAUCAUCACACUCCUGCAUUAAAGUUAUGUCAUACUGAAAGGUGGGCCAUGUCACCAGAUCUGCUGUUGCACAGAUUGCAGGACAGGAUGUUGCUCCCCUUUUCCUUCUCACAAAUGGAUGGAGUCCAGUCACUCCUCAGGCUGCUCUCACACCUUUGUCAGCUACCUGUCUUUAUGUCUUGACUUCCAAGACCAGCCUGAGGCAGUACCUUAUACUUCUGCCACAGUGUCAGUCUGAAAUGCAUGGCCUAAAGUGCAAAGUGAAUGGGGGUGUGUACAGCAGCUUCCACCUACUUUUACUGUGUGUUAGUUAUACUGGGUUAUACUGACUGACAUGCAAAAUGUUGAUCCAAAUCCCACAGCCCCACUCUUAUGUACGCUACACAUCAGCACUUUUAUAUUUGCACCAUGCAACUUGGCUUUGUAAUGAUGUACUAUUAAUGUCUCCGAAUUUGAUUCACUGCAUGGCGGCUUCAUGGAAGUACAAGAAUCACGGUCUGGAAAUACAGUGGGAGCUUCUCACGCCCACACACACAUACACAGUGUAUAUCCCCCAUCCCGCUCCUGUUACUACCUCUGAGGGAGCUUCACUACAGCAAAUUGCCUCUGUGCACUACACACUGCUGAAAAGGGAUAAUGGGCAUCCACCUUAAGAGCCAUUUGUUUAAAACUGAUGCAUUAGGCUACAGAUAAAGCAAGAGCUGGGAGAAUACUCUGUAGAUUAUGUUGAAGUUUUAGCUCAGUCUAGACAUGGCUAUCACAGCUAGCUCUUAUUUUUCUUUUAGCUUUGUGCUUUGUGCAUUACAUAUGUAAUGCUGGCAUCAGAUCUGCAUCCCUGGUAUAUUUUGUGGUGAGGAGAUGUCUAGGUAGGAAAGCUUGGCCAGGAGUGAUGAAUAUAUAUAUAUAUAUAUACAGUAUAUAUAUAUAUAUAUAUAUAUAUAUAUAUAUAUAUAUAUAUAUAUAUAGUUUAUGUUAAGUUUAUGUUCUCUUUAUGACUUUAUUCCACUUUCAUCAGGACUGGCUCCAAAUUUUGGCCCCGGGAUGAUGAUAAAUCAUUGAUGCUUUUGGAUGGGUUAGCAUUAAUUUAUUUUAAGCAGGUUUGCUCAAACACAGUUGAACUAUGUUGCAAAGACCCAAUGGAGCAAUCCCCUAGCUGUGUCAGCAGUGCUGCAGAGCCAAAAACAGGUCAGGUUCACUUACACAGAGCCUAGAAUAUAUAAAAAAAAAAACAAAAAAAAAAAACAAGUAGGAUCAACACAAAAGGUUGGUAAGGUUCAAAAAGUCAGAGGAGUUCGUAAGAUGGCAUGUCCUGAUUUCAACCCUGUCCCAGAGGAUUUACAUAAUGUGGCAUAAAGCAAAGUUAGGCUGUGAUGUAUUUGCUCUAUUUGACACCAAAUCCUCCUCUGCACACUCACUGAGCCCGGUAUCUCUGGAUCUUCCCUCUGUUUGUUUGUGUCCUCAAAGGCAGAUCUGUCAGAGUAUCACAGGGAAGGGAAGUAUCCAAACUACAUUGCCUAUCAACAGGGGUCCCUCAAGGGUCAGUGCUAGCCCCCCUGUUUUCUUGAUGUGCACCAUCUAAUUCAAUACAAUAAUCAAAUCUCAUUGAUUCUUGUAUCACUGCAAUGUAGAUGAUACUCAACUCUUCCAGUUGAGACACAACUGUCUCAGCCUGAAUCUCAUCAUGCGAAAGUGAUAUUUCUAAACAGAUGAAAGAACGCCACCUACAGCUCAACCUGUCCAAAACUGAGCAUCUUGUCAUUUGAGCCAGUACUUCCAUACAACCACAAGUCAAGAUCCAGCUUAGAUCAAAUGAACUUGUGCCUACUAAGUCUGCUCAGAAUCCUGGUGUCAUGAUUGAUGAUCGACUAACUUGUAAGGUUCAUCUAGCCUAGUUUGCUCAGUUUUGCCUAUUGUUUCUCUAUAAGAGGAUCAGACCCGUACUUAACAGAACACGCAACACAGCUCUUGGUACAGGCUCUCAUGACAUCACAUAUUGACUAUAGCAACUCCUUACUGGUACCUCCCUGCAUGCACAGUUAAACCUCUGCAAGUGAUCCUGAGUGCAGCAGCCAUGUCACUCCACUGUUCAUCUCUAUUGAGCUGAUGGGGUGAUGAUGAUGACGAUGUUGAUAUAUUACUACAUGCAUUGCUUUAUACACUGCAUGAAAGCAGUUUGUCCAGUUGCACUUAUUGCUGCUUUUGGCAUUUACUCUUGCUGGGUCCUUCUGUCUAAAUCUUUGUUUGUGUUGUCCUUGCUUUCAAAUGUACAUUACUUUAGACCAAAGCAUCUGCUAAAUGACAUUAUAACGUUAUGAAAUGUCAUAACUGAAAUAUGGAAUCUAGCACUUUUAAACAAAGUGUGAGCCUGUGAUGGAGUGACUGCAGUUACAAAUGAAAGAAAAGUAAAGUGAGCUCUGUGUCAGAGUUUCCUCUUUAACUUUGUUUAAGUUUGCUCCCCAAAUAUACCUCUUUCUUUGCCAACUAUUCUCAUUCAACUUGUGUUUCAAGAAAACAUAACAAAGCUUCACCUCUGUCUGUAGCUGUUUUUCUAUUAGACAUUCAAGUACACCAGGGAAACAGAUUUAUUAGAACAGGAAAGGCUUAGCACUUCUGCCUCAGAAGUGUGAAAACAAUCUAUUUUGACUCAUUCUUGAGGGAGAAAAUGACCAAAGUCCCAUUACACAACUCCUGUGGCAUAUAGUAUUGAUAAAGGAAACAUAUCUUAUGAAUAAAUCCCAGAUUAAACCUCAUAAUGUAUCAUAAUUAAAGAAAACCAAUGCAGUGCUUUCAUCUGUUGAAAUUAAGAUAAUCUAUUUGUUUAGUGUUGUUUGUGACAUGAACCUAUGAGAGAAUAUGUCACUCUGCAAUGCACAACUUAAACAAUGUCAAAUAAGGCUCAGAACAGCACCUAACUUCAUCAACGGAACAUAUAGGGUCCCAGCCAUAAUACUAGCCAUCAAACAUCUUUUUAGCUUUGCCCUGUUUUUUUAGCAAAGAGACCAAAACACAACUGACCCACUCUCCUCCAGCAGCCACUUGUUUGUGGGGGAGGCCUGAUGAGUAGAUCACUGAGUGCAGUGGAUCAUUUCCUUAAAGUAAUAAUCAUCAUAAUAAUCAUUUUGCACUGCAGACGUUCUUCUGCCUUAGUGUCUCGGUCUGAUUGCAUCUCCAUGAAGUAAUAAUCAUAAAUGUCCUUCCGUGAGCUGCAAAACUCCGCUGCACUCGGUGAUCGACUCAUCAGGGAUCCCCCCACAAACAAGCAGCUGCUGGAGGAAAGUGGGUAAGUUGUGUUUGGUGUCUUUGCUCGAGAAACCAGGCAUAGCUAAAAAGAUGUUUGAUGGCUAUAGAGUGGCUUUUUGGUUGAGGUUUGCGUGUGGAGACGUAGACCGCUGUGUAUUGCUAUUGUGUGGUUGUUACUAAAGUUGGUAUAACUAAAGAAGCAAGCAGUCUGCAACAUUCAUCUUUUGAGGGGAUGUCUAACUCUGUGUUACAGUAUAUCCCUUUAAGGGCAUCCUUAAUCUUUUGAUUAUGUUGAAAGUAUAAUAUACUGCAUACUUUUGUCACACUAUCUACAAAAAAGUAUCAAGGGGAGGGGGCACUUUCUAAUGAGUCACAGAUACCCAGCUUACUUCCUGGAGCGAGCUGACAAAGCGCAAUUCGAGACAAAACAGUUUUCUUGAUCACUGCAAUGUUUGAGCAUGGUAUACCUUAUAGACCUCCAACUCUCAGCAGCCAGUGAAAAUGUUACUAUAACCAGCUGUUAGCACUAAUGUACAUGAAUUAGACUUUUUGUGUGAGCUGGGGAAGGGGGCAGUCGCACAUUCUGCUACAGAUAAAUGCAUAAUGGCUCACUGAAAUGCAAAACAAACAAAAAAAAACCUGGCGCACAAUAAAGCUUUAGGCUCUCAGUGCAGUUUGUGGAACACUUGGCACUUUGCAUGUGCUUUGUGAAUCUAUUUGCACAGAUUUAACAGGCAGUAACACAUUCAAUCUGUUGAUAAAUUAGACUAUUAGCAAAGUUGGUGCUAAACAAUGUUGACAUUGCAGGUUCUUUACUAUUCUUGAUCUUUUAAUAAAUAGCCUAACCCGGAUGCUCCCACACUCUUCAGCCCAGAACUAAUAAUGAUUUGAAUGUCUGGUGAUUCCCACUGUACCGCGGUGGUCUAAAUAUGAUGAUCACUCAGAUGUGAUCGUCAUGUUUAAACUAAUAAGUGAGUGGAUAUUCCAUAGCUUACAGUCAGGGUUUUAAAUUAACACCCGCCAAAUAUGGGUUAAAAUUCAAUUUGGCGGGUGUUAGUAAAACCUUAUUAGCCAGCUUGGCCAGUGCUAUCUGACCUGUUGGUCAGAUAUGCUCUACAUAGGUUCUGCUCUCAGUCAUUUGUUCCCCGGCAGUAAGGCCUACAUUUCUCAUAAAUACUUUGCCGUAAUGCUACGUAAUGACUUUCAUACAGCUUGGCUGCACGAAUGCUGGUAUUACCCACUACAGUCUACAGUGCAACCAGCGUGAGAAACGAAGACAGUGGGAGCAGGGAUUUUUGUAAAAACAGCAGUGCUUGUAAACUUAUAAGUUUAGCUGGAGAGAAACUAAACUAAAUGCAAUGGUGGUUGAACUUGGGACAGACGAGGUUGGGCGAGAAGAGUAAGGAUGGAGUAAUUUCAGUAUUGCCGCAUGUAUGCGAAAAAAAAAAAAACAUAUUGGCUAGUGGAAAUUCUGAUUGGCUUGUAACUUCAGAGAGUCACCAGCCACAUUAACUGGUGAUCAAAAAAGUAAAUUUAGAACCCUGCUUACAGUCAGACUACAGCCUAAGAGACUUAAUUCAGCUAGUCUGCAGAAAACAAAAUCUUUCUGCAAACCUGGCAGUGUUUCCUGCUGCUGUAAACUUACCUUUAUGAGCCUGCUGUGAUCACUUCAAGGAUCAUGUGGCAACAAAGAAAAGCAGACAAUGGAUGACACUUUUUAAAAUGGUUAUCUUUAAAAUGCAUCUUUUUUUAAACUGUCAGUUAUCAAUUGAUGUUAUUAUCGAAUAAAUCCCAUCAUACUUGGAUUGCAUCUCUGUGAAAGGAAGCAAAACAUCAAGUAACCUUAGACUACCCUUUUUCAAAGGGGCAGCUCCAAAACACAACAGUUUAAACAGUGAACUGUUCAUGGAUUUAUGUCACAUUAGGAAAGUAGGCAAUGUUUGUUUCUGUUUUUCUACAAGUUAUAUUCACAAGAUUCAGUGACACAUCAGUUCCUAUGCAGCUUUACUCCAGAGAGCUGCUGUUUGUGGCACACGGUUGUGGCACACGCUCGACCUGAUGUGGUAAGCGUUAGAGCAUUGUGUGCUCUCAGAGUCUCCUGCUGAGCUAAAGAGGGACGAUUGUGCAAAACUCCUUGCAUAAAGCCAGUCUUUGAUGUGCGAACACACCGUUGUGUUUGUCUAAAGUCAUCUUUUACAUCAAGGCUCGGCAGCGUAAGGUGACUUCGGGGAACGCUGCUCCUUUGAAGAAUUCAUUCAUUAGCAUUCAAAGGGACAGCCCCAAUCCAGCCGCCCAGUGUUCGGAUCAAAACAUCGCCAACAGCAGGGCAGAGGGACGUGCAUAGCAUUCUCUCUGACCUCCACUCUUUGAGACACCUCAUUUGCAGCUCCGCCAUCAUGUGCAAAUCCCUCCUGAUAGGGUGUUGCGUAUACCAUGACAUUAUCUAUCAUGUUACUAUGACAGAUCUGUUUGCUAAGAGAGAUUGGAUGUGAUUUGGAAGGGCAGUACACCAGCUCUUUGAUGAUCUAAAUCCAGGUGGAAAUAAAAGUAAGGCAGAGUAUGUAUCUAUGCUGUGCAGAGACUUCUGAAAGACAAGGCAAAGUCAAUGCAAACUCUCAGGACUUAUGGAUUUCCUCACUCCUUAAAUGUUAGAUUUUGCAAGUGCACCACUGACUGAGAAGGCCCAUUACUCAUCCUCUGAACUUCACUCGUGUUGAGUUUAAGAUGCACUGCAAAGAUUUUAUAUGUCAAAGUCAAUUAAGUAGUCACGGUAGGUAAUACCCAGCCUGGGAAAACAGAUGUAUAAUGUCUCCAGUGGUUCUUGAGUCUGAAGUCUGGGAGUAUUUCAUCACCUGGAUUUACAGGCCUGAAGGAACAGGAAUUCAGCAUUACAAUGAUGUCAGAAAGAAAAAUAGAUAAAAGACAGUUGUACAACGUACAGGCCUCAGUGCUUUUCUUUUUUAUUUAUUUAUUUAUUUUUUCAGUUAAUAGGAAUGAGACGUGCGACAACUCAAAGAUGUUAUGUAAAGCUGACAGUAAACAGGUUUAAUUUUGCUGUAAAAAUCACUCUUUUACACUGGAGUCAUUGGGUAUUCCUUGGCUUUUACAGCUGGUACUUAUUCAACUGGAGGACCUGCAGUGUUUUGCACUUCAUUUUUACCACUGUGUGUUACUGCUUGGUGAAAUGCUAAAUUAUCGACAAUAAGUCGUGAGGAUGAGUUAGCUCUUCAUCUUUGCAUGAUGUUUUCCUUUAUGCAAUCAUGCAAAAGAACAACUCUGUUUGGACAGCAAGGAAAACUCAAUGUUUCUCUGCAACAGGCUCUGCAUUCAUAUGCAUGUGUGUGUUAUAUGUGUGUUAACAACUUUGUGAAUACCAGCACAAAUUAUCUGGUUGUAGAAACAACCACACAUGUAUAACUAAGCCAGUCUGUGUGAUUCUUCGGAAUAAUACUGUAUAUUUGUAAGAUGUGACGUGGGCUUUAUUGCAAAUUGCAAAUCCGGUCUUGGGCUCCACUGAUCGACCUCUUUGUCCGUUGUGUAUUCGAAAUGCAUGCUGCACUCAGUGACCAAUAUGCAAGAAGGUUAAACCUAAUCUAGUUCCAGAGAGAGCCAGCAGUCUGUUCCCUUCCUGCAGAAGUCCAAUUGUGGCUCUCGUUUGGGAUCAGAUGUGUUUUCUGCGGCUCAGAGGAGACGCUUAACAAGGCUUUAAUUUUUCAUCUGAAGCACCAGUAUGUGUGUGUGAAUCUCUCUGUUUGUGACUGUUAUUCAUGUAGCUGCUCUGUGAUGUUCUGUCUUGUUUUUAAUGGUGGCUUAAUUAAUACACUGUAGGAUAUCGAGUGUGGAUAUUUGUGUUUGGAUAACAGUAUGUAUUUUAUUGGCAUGAAUUGGUGCUAUUAACAGGUUGUGAUGGACUCUUGAUGUUUCUAUAGUGCUGUGCUCUUGUGAAUGAAUCCUUAAUGCUCUCCAGGCCCCGGCAGGAGGGAUUUUGACUGAGUGAUCUUGCCUAUAAUUAACUGACAGUAAACACUGGAUGCCGGGAGCUUAAUCACUGCAUUAAAACGCUUCUCAGCUGCUUCCAUACAUUUCGAUUGACCCCUUUUAACGACAGGAUACAUUCUUGAUUGAUUACUUUGAUGCAAGUUCUUACAGAUAAAUUGUUUGGAGACCACAUAGCUAAUUUUCUUUGGCUCUCAGUUGCCGUCUUAUUUAAAGUAUUAAAUAGGCGUUUAAAUCAAGUAGCUGACAGGCGCAGCAGGUAUUAGAGCCUUGUGUGUGAAAUAGGUGAUAACCUGGAUUUAUGCGUCAUGAUUUGGUUAAUACAGUUCAUAUUCCUUGAUUUGUAAAUGCAUCACCCCAAAGGCCCCUUGUCAGGUUGUAAAUCUGCAUUAAAAACAAUCUGAGCUAAGAAAGGACUCAGUGUUUAGUCAUAGAAACCCCUUUUUUCCAGUUUGCCAUGUUUCACUGUGUUACAUCAACCGUAAUCUGGAGUGACAGCCGUUGAUGACCUACACGACACGCAACGGCAGCAGCUCAAUUACAUGGCGUGAAAUUGUAACUGUCUGAAUGCUGGUUGAACUUUUACAGCUUGAUGCCUUUUUGCACUCAAACAAUGUUAAGCCCACCACAAGUCAGUGUGGGCACUCGUGCUGCAGCUGUAGGCUGCAACAUACGGGGGAGAUGGAGAUCCAUGCAAGCUCUGGAAUCUCAUUAAGCGCCAUGUGUUGCCAGAUUCAAAGCAGAGGUGUAUUUGGCAGCAGAGGACCGCCGCAACCAGAGAUGUCAGUCCCGUAGCUUAGUUACACAACUGAGUUGAAACUGUGACAGAGGCUGAAAUCACGACAUAACCACUAAAAGUGUUUGUCUAACACAGCCUUGCAGUUGUUUCAAACUUUCUGGCGUAUUCAUUCUUAUAGAUUACCGCCUAACCCAGAGAAAAAAAGCAUCAAGCAGUCUAAUUUGAGCCCAUUUUUCCUCAUGAAAGAUUAUUUUUCUCUGUCUUACCCUCACAGGGUUUUAUAGAUUUGUUCUAGGCCUUCGAAUCAAUCCAGAUAUCAGGAUUGUUUUCUUCAGAAAUUCAUAAAGGUCUGUUUUUUUUAAACCAAAGUACUGAGCUUCUGCAGCCUGAUGAGGUGAUCAUUUCUGUCUUGUGAAUAAGGGACAAUAACUGCAUCUCAUGCACACAUGCUACCAACCUUUAUGUUCUGUGUCUAAAUACACAAAUUACAGUAUAGCUGUUUUCCGUCACUAAAGGCCAUCACUUGCAAGUAAUUUGCUUUUCUUGCAUUUUCAGGUAUUUUUGCAACCCUAUGGGGUGCACUUCAUGCUGUGUUUGGAAAAACCUCCAAACUGAACAUUUUCACGCACACUGUUCUCAGAGGAACUAAAUCCCUUGAGGACUAUGAUCACGCAAUAAGCGAUGGGUGACUGAGCAGACUUAAUUCUUGGUAAAAGAUGGUUCAAUCGAAUGAGAGCAACAGUAAAAGAGUCCCUUCAUUUGUAGAUAUCUCAGUAGCCAGACCAGUACAAAACAUUUGUCAUUUGUCACUUGGGUGAACACAUCCCUAAAAUUAGCAGCACAUCUCUGAAGACACAGCUGCCAUUCAAAUUGGAAUAAAAGCACAAAGGAGGGUCAUUGUCUGGGAUCAAGCAAUCUGGUCGACUAUUAGGCUGAACCACUGCGACACACCGCUUAUUAUCCACUAUCACACAGGCACUAUUUAAUUUAGUGUCUUUGUCCAAUGCAAUAGCACUGCAGCGCCUUCUCUUUCAGCCAGAUGGAUUUUGUGUCAUUCAGUGUUGUACCCCAGCCAUCUGAUUUGGCAAAGACGGACGUCUGGCAGAUGUGGACCUUAAGAGGAGCCUCGUUUCAGCAGAAGGGUGUAUUGUUCUAUUAAGACAGCACUAAUUGCAUCGAGACUUCAAAAUUGCUUUUGUUUACUGACUCUGGCCGAUGCAGCCUGGAGGCAGAACACACACAUUUUUAGCUAAAUAAAUAUCAUGAAACCUUGUUGUGUCUACCGUUCUCUCUUUAACUCACUGCUUUUAUCUUUGCCCAUUAGGAAGAGCAGGAGCAGCAGGUUCUGGGAGGACAUGUGCUUGGAAUUGGUCGCAGAAUCUUAAUGAGGAAAUGUUUUAAUCCCAAACUAGAUCCGAGCAUCAGCCCCCUUCAAUGACAGCAACAACAUCAGCCGAUUUUAGAGGGCAUCUUUAAAACCUUGUCUGAAAACAUCACAGAGCUGAUUCCUCUCCUGACGCUGACGUCCUUAUUUCCCCUUAAACUGAUUCACCCAGCAUUUUACUCCACAGGCCGGUAUCAAAGACAGAAGCCUGUUUUGCUGCUCUCUGCUGCAUCUCAAUGGCAGUCUGAUGUUUUAAUUCCACCCUGCUUAUCAAUGAGUUUCUUUUGUUCCAGAUUCAGUAUCUCAAGGCUAUCGCAUGCCAAAAAAAAAGGUUAAAAAAAACCUUCAACAUUCAAACUCAGUCGUCACAGAAAUGGAUUUCUCUAUGAUCUUUUGUUCGCAGAGCUCUGUGAGUUUUUCUAUGAGCAUCCAUUACCCAUAACUAUUAUUUCUACUGACACGUCCUCUUUGCCUCCUCUUCUUUUGUGAAGGUGACCUGA